GAUUUCCAUUCAUAGGAAUCGUGACAACAAGAGGACUCCCAUCCUUUCAUCGAACCUUUCAGUGUUUGUUGCAGAUCGCUCGAGCUGUGUAAGAGAACUUCAGACUCUAGAGGUCUCCAUCCUUCAGCAUCCCCUCAUCAUCCACCUAUUCGCCCUCCUCCUUCUCCACCUCCUCCUCCUCCUCCUCUCUAGCAUUUUGUGCAGCGGAGGAGGAAAGGGGGAGAGACUGCUGAGGAGGAGACAGAGGGGACCCUGAGACAACACGUCCCACGCCAGAGCCAGACAGCCAGGGAACUUUGAUUUGACGCCAAGUAGCCUGCGAUGAACGUGACGAUGAAGUGAGCGAGCCACGUUUCUUCUUCCUGGGAGGCUUAGAUAUGUCGGGCGCGUGCAACAUAUGAUGUCCUUGGACUCAUGUGUUCAAUGAAGAUUUGUUUAUCUGUGAUUUUGCUCUUCAAUUCGCUGAUGGUGCCGCUUCGUUCUGCCUGCACUUAGGUCAGCUGAAUGAAUCUGAAGGCAGUCUGAGCGCAUUGUUUCCAGCACCGCUUGCAUAUGGGAUUUCCAGCCGUGAUGUCUGCAAUAUUUCGCUCUUUGUUUCUGGGUAAGUCACUUCCCUUUUCCCCCUCUUUUUCUUUGAGGUGAUUUAUUCAUUUUUAGAAAAGCAACGGAGCGUGGUCGUCUGGCGAUGUGCACAAUGAUGUCUGUCAUUUCCAACCCAUACAGUAUUUUUCACACACCUCCUUAUUGUCUCAGCCGCUAUCAACACAUCUAGCAAAUUGUCGGCUAACAAUGAUGUCAGAAUGUAUUUCUUUUAUUUAUUUGAUUUCAUACACACACCCUUUCACUGGAAUUCACGCGUAUUUAUCCCUCUAAGCUUACAAGUCAGCCUUUAUUGUUAUGUGCAAACCAGAGGCAGCUCGACUUGGGGGAUUUGAUUUAUAAGGGUGAAAAAUUAAAGGAUAAAAGUUGACCUGACCCCUCCCUAUAAAUCUGUUGUACAGGUUUUUCCACUCUGUAUGUGCAUUUAUAGGUAUUUUGGUUAUAAAACAGGUCCACUGUAGGGAAACAAAGAGUUGUAUGUUAACACAAAGGUUUUUAUUCACCAUUUUUCUCAUUUUGUGUAUUCAGAGCAUUAAAAAACUAAAAUUCUUCAUCAUUUUAUUGUGUUACAAACUGUCCUUGAAGAGCUGAUGAAAUGUUUGUUCCUACUUACAACUACUGAUACUCAUAGUUAUACAAAAACCAAUUCUUAUUGUGCAACUCCUUUUCUCCAGCGACGUACGAAGUUCCUGGAGGAGAUUCCAGGUUUAGAGCUUAUGAGGAAUUCUUUAAUUCUACUGUGACUUCACUAGUGGGAAGUUUCCGUAGCACUGCGAGACAGUGUGUAAAAACGUCUUUAUAGUUGGAGGUUUCACACUCCCCACCGCUGCCUCAUCACCUGCAGCGGAAUUUCCCCCUAGCUGGGUGUAACUGGAGAUAAACCAGUAUUUUCCAAAUGGGAGUUCUGGUCUGAAGUGACUCAGAAAAGGGAUUCUAGGUUUGAGAAAGUUUGGAAGCUCCUUGCUUUGAAAGUAGGAGUGUUUGAGAGCGGCCAUAUGAGGAAUAAUGCACCAGAGAGCUGGCGGCUCGCCUGCUUUGGUUGGAGUCCAAAAGUGGUGCUCUGGUCUACAUGAGGCUGGGAGUAUGGAGAAAAUCAAAGGACUCGAUCAUUAACGUUGAAUUUUUCAUUCCUUUAGUUUAGACGUACAGCUGGUUUUAUUUGCUCAUGUUUUGCUGUAGGCCUGUAGAAACCUUGAGAGUUUCCCCCCUCCCCUCCCAUUAUUCACUUACUUUCAUAUCUUGGUGACCUCUCAGGAGAAGACCCUGCCCUUAGCCCGGUGCACCCUGGGAAAGGCUCCAGCUCCCUGCGACCCUGAGGAAGAUAAGCAGUAUAGAAAAUUGAAGGAGGGAGAUGUGGACCUGCACACACGCUGACUUAUUAAGGCUUACACUGGUCAGCUGGUGCACCCACAGUAUGUGGUUAGUGAUCCUGCGCUUUGACUAAAGAAGUAGACUCUUCAGAAGAUACUGCUCACCGAGCUUUGUAUUGAAUAAUGAUGAGAUUGGAGUUGCACGAAUAGAUUAUUGAAAUGCAAGUCCACUCUUUACAGUUUUGAUGCUUGUACUAAAAAUAACAUGAGAACUACAGCCUACUUAGCAAAUACAUGGUGCAUACAUUACAGGUCCAAUCAACAGCACUGAUUUUUUCCCUAAUACAAAUAAUAAUGGCUCACUGUUCCUAAAAUAACCAUCAGCCUGUGCCUUGAGUAUGAAAUGGUUUGUUGUUGCCAUGGCAAGACAUUUCUCCUUCCCCUGUUCUUGUCACAAAAAAUAACUGUAGAAACAGUUUGUGAUGCUGAAAAGGAUAUCGUAGGGGAUGGAUGUCCAGUGCACUUGCAACCUGGAUCACUUGUCUCAUGCAAGAACAAAAUAUCUGCCUGUCAGCCAAAAAAAUAAAUUUUUCCCUGACUGGGAAGAUAUACGGCUUUUCAGGCUAGGCUGCUCUGCCGUGGCAGACUGAAGGACAUUUUUUCCUCAAGUUAUUGCCUGUUUUAAUUCAAGAUCAACACCAAGGCCAAGUAAUGUAAGGAGGUGGCUGUUUUAUUAUAAAGGAAUCGAUAGUCAUUAAUAGGGGCUCAUUUCCUUUUUAUUUGGCUUUGGUAUCACGAGUCCUGAGACAUCCUUAAUUUAAUAUCAGUGUGAGAUGUAAUAUCCACUGUUCACAUUACAGAUAAGUAGCGCAAUUAAUUGCCACAGAGAGUUCUGUAGCUCCCCUCUGUACUGCUGUCGAUACAAAGUGAGAAACAGAACAAGGUCAAAUUUAACUCGGGAACAGUGUGGAGGAUCCAGCUAGGUAAAGGAGACUUAGUGAUGGAUUGCCUAUCUGUCCUUGUUCCAGGAUUAAAUGACUCUGAAUGAGGGAAUUUGAAAAUGACUGUCCAAGAAGUAAUAACAGAGUGUAAGUCACUUGACAGAAAUGUAAUUGAAAAGAAUGAGCAGCUUUUGUUUGAGAUUCAAACCUCCGCAGCCUCAUUCAGCCGAGUUUGGUGUGUGUUUGAGCAUCAAGCCAUGAGACACUGCAACAUGAGUGAUGGUGGGAGUGUUUACACUUCUCAUCAGCUUGUGUGCACACGCUGGUGUCCCCUCAGCCAUGCGAACGUGUGGAUGUCAUUGUGUAGAUUGUGCCCACGCGCGCAUGCUAGUAUUAGAUGUAGAUAAAGAGAGCAGGGGCUCCAAACAGAAAUUCUGUCCCCAUUCUAUAUUUAGCAUGUCUGCCGGGGUAGGCAGAGGAUCUCUGAAAUGUGAAGAUGACAGGAGCCUCCUGAGCCAGAGGUUAUGAAGUGACAUCUUGAUGUGUUUGCGCCUGAAUCACACUCCCACACACACUCCCAGUCAGACUUCUGACAUUCCUACAAACCCAGAGACAUUUAGAUAUUUGACGUCUAGUUACCAUACAUUAAGGGUACGUUUUGAUCUUCCUCUGGCUUGCUUUUUUCUCCGGCCUUACCAUGAGGCGUCCCUUAUGUGCAUUAGCUGUGGAAAUAUUUGUUAUGUGAGCGCGGGGUGAAUUUGGCAGCUCUGUUCUACUGGCCUGAAACUUGCGUGCUAUUUCAAAAAUGUGUCAGUUAGGUGUGGAUACCUGCACAGAAAGUGGAGCUUCACUGACUGGUGGUUAGGCAUCCUUCUCAGACAUUUCCAUCCACAGACUGAGCAAACAGAUAAUGCAAAGCUUCACAAAUGCAUAAUGCAUCCCAGUGUAGAUGUUGCUCCAAGCUAUAGGACAUACAGUACAAUAACAAUGCAGCUGAAAAACACCAAAUAGCUCGCAGCACAUUGCUCCAGGUAGCUGAAUGACUUCCUCCCCACCUACAAUGUCAGCAACAUGACAUGCAGAACAAAGUGUAAACAGACUUCCAUCAACGGAGAUUGUAUUACUCAAAGCAGGAAUGGCAAAUCUAAAUUUCUCAACAAGGGCAGAACAGACUGGAAUACAAAACCUUGACCGAGGGUGACUAAAGAUGCCUACAGAUGAGAACAGAGGUCCAGGUGUCCUCAAAACAAUUGACCCAUAUCAUUAACAAACACUGAUUUGCCUCCCAAGCACUUCUCCCGCUGAUGUGAUCGGCCUUAGAAUGACACCGUGCUCCCCUGAAUAACCAGCCAUCCUUUGUCUGUACCUGAGGGAUUCUUCAUGUUUCAUUGAUUGUGUUGCUUUUAGUCAGAAGGUCUUGCUUUUCUGUCGCAGCAGGCUGAAUGCCAUGAACGAAGGAGAGUGUUUGUAGGUGAAAGUCUACCUGCUUUGUACUAUAAAUGCUUUUAUUCCUACCCCGAAGAAGGUCAAGGCAGGUUUUAUUUUUAUAGCAGCCAAAGACAUCUGAGGUAAAACUAAAGGUCGCACUGGUGGAACGAGCGUAGUCUGCCCUGAAUUCAUUUGCUGUUUUGCUCUUUUUUCUUUAUCUAACAUCUGUGUCCUCUUUCUGUAAUUUACCAGCAAUGCAAGCGUUUUCCUGUAUGGGCUAUUUCUCACUUGCAUCUCAUAAAUAUUAGACAUUUUUGCCCAUUGACAGAGACGAGUUUGUGCUGCAUUUCUGACCUCUUAAACCCUCUCCCCCUUUUCAUCCGUCACCGAGAAUAAUGAGUGCCAGAUUAUUUUGGAACGUAUGAACAGGAACUGCCUAUUUCACUUUACUGCUAAUCUUUGACAGAUGUUCUGGAGAGGCUCACGUCUACAUAAACGGGAGGCACAUGCACAUCUUACGCACACACACACACAUACACACAAAAGAAAACAACUGCACUGAUAAACGAAUAAAAAACAAAGAUGUAUUUACUUUUUGUUGAAUCCAAGAAGUAAAAUGUGAAGGCUGUAACAGUUCAUCACUUUGGGUGAGACACUUAUCUACUACAUUUUUCAAAACUGGAUGAGAAUAUUUAUGUAGCUCUAAGAUUAAGUGGUACUAAACUGAUUUGGAAGAUAACCCCUUAAUUUCCCAUUUUUUGGCUGGUAGUUCAUAGCUAUGAAAUAUUCUAGUACAUUAACCUUCUUGAACCACAAAGUACUUUCCUUUUUUUUUGGUACACUUCACCUAAUUUAACUCUUCAUUUUUCCAAUUCCCACAACCUCCAACAAGGACAGUGUCAGAGGCUGGUAAACCCCACUGUCCCUCCAGGUGGUUAAGCACGACCUUUCAAAAAUGUACACCAGAACAACACAAAGACCACAAUAUUAUUGUUUGGUAAUUUAAAAAAGACUUGGAGCAGAACAGAAAUAAUCUACCAAUUUUGACUGUUGCAAUAAGUGGAUGUGCAUUAUUUCAUAAGUAGACACACAGGUGAGGCUGUGUGCACCUGUGAGUGACGUUCAUACUCGUACAAAGUUGAGUCAUCUUAAUUCAGUUUAGCUGGUCUACAGAAAAUAAGCCAAGCUGUAUGCAUUGUGUUGCUUGAUUUCCUACACUGCUGUAAAUGGACUUGCGGGCUUAGAUUUGUCAUUAUCACCUCAGGGGUCAUGCAGCAGGAAAGGAAAGUGGGAAAAAUACCAACACCCUCUUAUACUAAUAAUAAUCAUAAUAAAUGCACAAUUAUAAAAAAGUUCUACAGUUUAAAACAUUUGAACACUGCAAAUCUUAGCAUUUUUUUUUCUUAUUUCAAAUAAAAAAGUCUCAUCAGUCUUAAUUUAAAUCACAUUCACCUGACAAGUCGAGAAAAAACGCAUUGAUUCAAGAUGUUACACCAAAAAUAGGAACUGCAAUGCUUGCACAGUACAAAAAAAAUGCCAAAGGAAUAUGAAAUUUUAUUUUUCAGCUGUUUUGCUAAGAUUUUUGAGGGCACAGGUGGCAUUUCACAAACUCCUUUUGUUUUCUUAUUUCAUUGGCAGUUUUUCCCCCCUUUUUUAUGUUUUGCUUAUGACAACUAUUUAGGUUACGACUCCUUCAUCAGUAUCUUGCAACCUUUCAAGGGCCUUGAUUCUCAUUUUGUAAAACACUGAUUUAACUAGUCAGACACAUACUGUAUGAGAGAACCAUGCAAAGCUGAGCCUUGAGGGUUUUUUUUGUUGUCUUGUAGCCAUGUAACCCUUUGAAAUGCUAGCCUUUCUCUCUGUGCUGAAAUGCUUGGACUUUUGUGACUUUUCAUAUCAUUAUAGGUUUAACUUUGAUAAUCGGAUAAGUAAUCAGAUUAAACAGGCUCCCCUGGGCUCCAGAAAAUCCUAACAUAUAAAUAUGUGACUUUGCAAAUUACGUCAAAUUACAUCUUAAAAUAUAGAGAAAUAUAAGUUAUUCAAAAAAUAAAGAUAAUUCUUGGUUGCAGAUAUGCAUGUUAGCAUCCAUUUUUAUUUAGUUUUCCAUUUACUGAGCAACAUCUAUCCCAAUAUAGAUCCAUCCAUUAUAGAUCCUUUUAAUGUACUGUACAUUGAGACAAAUGUUAUCCAAGCAGCACAAUAUAUAUAUAUAUAUAUAUAUAUAUAUAUAUAUAUAUAUAUAUAUAUAUGUUUAACUCAUGUUACUCUAAUGGAGACCACAAGACAACAAUGAUACAAGCAAUCAUCCUGCAAAAUAACCCCUCACAUUUCGAAACACUCCAGUGCUUUUAAAUCCCUCUCUCACCAGAUGACCAAAGCAAAUAUUGAUUAACCAUCCCAGUAAGAUGGUUAACUAAAUUAAAGUGACUGAAUGGUUUCAACGAUGCAUUAAAGCAUCAGGAAUGUUCUUCUAUAAGAGCUUGAAUUCCCCAACAAUGCGUCACUUUCCAUUAGGACUAACAAUAGUUGAUGGAAAGAAGGUAACUCAGGACCAGCUGCUCAUAAACAACAAUAAAUUUCCCUUUUUAAUGUUGGUAAGCUAUGAUACUGGAAUGUUAAACUGCCCUGGAACCAACUGUUAUCUCCCCAGCCAUAACAAUUUCCUCCAAAGGGAGGCUUUCUGCCUUAUUUGCAGUAGCAUAACCAUGAAAGUCAAUGGAGCAAGUGCAAUUACAGCUUUCUAUUUUCUCGGAAAAUGUGGCGCGAUUUGCUGUUUGUGUGCAUAAAUAUUUUAAUCAAGGUCUCGGAUUGUUUUAUGCACGCAGUGAAUAGAUCAAAGAAUGAACAAAAGGGCGAGAUAAACUCUGAUGUUGUCAGUGAGGUGGAGCAUGGAAUUGUCUCCCAUUGAUUCCUCCGCUAAAGGUUUGUUCUGAUAUUAAUUCUGUGCAGCUAUUGACAUUGCUGAAAAUGGAAUUGCAUCUAUCUCCACCCCAGUGCUCUUCAACUUCAAGAACAGAGACGAUCAAAAUUCAUGCGUCUUACAAAAACACCUUUAAAAAAAGAUUUGUUUAUCAUGGUGGGGCUAAGGUGCUAUCUCAGCACUCCCACCCCCCUUUUGUGACUCUUUCAAGUGCUUUCUUCCAUAUUGAAAACUGGCUGUGCAAAAUAAAACUGGCAGGCUUGUCUUCUCUGAGCAGAACAUGCUUUUGAUCUGUGUUUCUUGUCCCUGAAACCAGGUAUAUCCGUGUUUCCUGUGCAGCUGUGCGUUCCAACUGUGCAGGAAAAUAAACAGCUCAAAAACCAAAAUCCCUGUUGCUGGGUGUCUUUCACUUGCAAGCAGCUUAGCAUAGUACUUACAUCAAUGACACAAAGGAGAAAAAAGCAAAGUAUUGAUAAAACAUUUACUAUACCCAGUGAGCUGCACAGGAGUGACAUUGGUUGUGUUAUUCCCUGGUCAAGCCUGUUUGUGUCUUGAGGGAUUUCUCCUGUCACCUGGGAGCUUGUUUUACCCAGCACUCGACAGAGCUUGUGCUUGUCAUGAACUGUUCCCAUUAGGUUCUGUUCCAUUAUUUUAGAUUGUCACUUAUCAUUUCCUGUUUUAAUUUUCAGCCACUGUCUUGUCUCUUGUGUGAUGCUUUACCUCCUUUCUUUGUUUCUUUUCGCACCUUGUGACUGCGAUUGUGUUUCUCGCUCCUGUUAGUCCUCACCUGUGUUCAUAAUUGCUGUUGUGCUUUUGGGUAUUGUCUUGUUUGCUUGCCAUUGGUACCUUACAAAAGUGAGCCUUUUUUCUUGCCUUCCCUUCAGAUUGUAAUGAAUCUUUGCUAUAGUCUGCAUCUGGGAUCUCUGUGCUACAUGCCUUGAAUGUAUAAACAUUUAGACACAGUCUUGAGUGAAGUCAUCCAUGAAGCCUAACAAUGGGUAGCUGUAUUUGAAAAGUGGAUUCUGACUAUCUUCUGGCUGAUUGAGAAAUAUGAAAUGAGAUGGAGAGUUGAUGUGGGGCUUUGGCCUCCUGGAAAACAAACAAACAAACCAUGAGAUUACCUCUAGAGGUGGGCGAUUGAUUAUUAUAAUUUUUUUUUAUGAUUAUGGCCCCGUAUGAUUAAAACAAGAUGAUAAUCAAGACUGAAUGAUUAUUGUGCUGCCUGCUGUGUUUGCUUUAAAUGAAGCCAAAGUUUAAGAGACAAUGCUGAAUCUUCAACCUGUUGUUCAAAAGCGGUACAUACUCUCAGGCAAGCACAGGUGGAGAGAGGAGAGCAGGGAGAGGAGCAGGAGGAGGCACAAUAAAAUACAAUUUGGCUUUUAAUCUAGAAAGAAUUAUCAUCAAAAUUCAGUAAAAGCUCCUUAAAGUUAAGUAAGGAGUUAAGUAAGGAAGUAAGGAUCCCCGCACCAAGUACCACCUCCUACUAUCAAAAAGUCAGUUGAAAAUCUCUGUCUUGAGCUCAGAGAUUAAAGGACAAAAUCUUCUAUAGAUUAAUAUAGCGUAAGGUGUCAUGCCAUUAUUUAAGUUCAAAACUAUCUCUUGUUAUAGCCCUACUAGUCCACUCUGUGUAUGAAUCAGUGCCUUUUUUGGUAAGGCCUCUUUUGACAUACUGUGUUUUUCCAUGAAAAAGAAACUGCUCUGAUGGCUAAAGGUGAUGUUUGACAUUGCAUUUUAAGGUCCUCUUUUAGGUAGGCCAGAUGCAUGUGUGUAGUUUUGGUUCCCCAUUACAGAGAAGUGAUUCAGUGUUGGCUAAGAAGCUUUCUCCUUAACAUGUGUGAGGAUGUGUCUUGUUCCUUACAGUCUUGUGUCAUCUUGUUGCACAGAUUGAUAGCAUUCCUGAGAAGGAGAAACUGACAACUGGAAAUGGUUUCUGUCAGAUGAGCAUUUUUUAUCAUCAUGGUAACAACAUCAGUCAAACAAAUCGUGAUUUUGAGUCUUGCUGUAAUCAAGCAGCCCUAAUAUCCUCCUCUCAGUCUGUCUUUAAGAAUAAACAGUAAGAAACUGAGGGGCUAUUUAUAAGUAAAUUCAAUGGAUAUUUGUUUUUCAAUGGCAAAUUCUGAUAAUGUGAGCACUGGUUGGCUGGUGAUCGAUAUUUAAUCUCACUAUCGCAUCGCUGUUUUGUUUUGCAUCUGACAAAAUCCAACAAUUUAUUGAUCCUAACAACGAGUCUAGAUAUUUUAUUUAACAAAGUGGCAGGACUUGAGUGAAUUAUUUUGUGAAACUAACAGGAACAGCAGAAGAAUAUUAUUCUAUAGGUUGAUAUUAAAAAAUAAUGCUUGGGUUACAAUAAUAAAAGGAAGCCAUGGUGAGAUUUGAUUUGCAGUCAUAAGUGAUAGGAAGAAAGUGUGUUUUCUUUUUUAAAAAUUAAGGCCCUUGACCAACCUGAUUAAUAGUUAAUGAGUCUAUACUCUGUUAACACACCCGGGGUAUCACAUUCAAUAGUUUUACUGAGGUCUACCAUAGCUAGCUGUCAGUAUGCUGGCUCAACAAAACCUAAAUCCCCUGUCUGAGAUAACAAGUAUCACAAAGCUUGUUAGAAACCUUUUUCUGUUAAUUCAGGCUUUCUGCUUCGGUCUCAUAGCGCCUUCACAGACAAGAGAGGUGUUAAGCACAUCAUUUUGGCACCUUUUCUGCAUAAAACAGAGCCGUCACCUGCUGUCUGCUUCAGUAAGACUGAUGUAAUGAGUAGAAAUCAUGAAUAUAUGAAAGUUAUUGCUGGAGAAACAAGCUCUGCUGCUGCAAUUAAAGGAAAGAAAGUAACCUUGCAGAAAAACCGUGGUACUUAGUAAAUUAGUGCAUUGAUUUUACCACACAGUACAUGAUAAGCGCUAUAGUUUAUUUCUAAUGUGACAACUAAUGCACUGCACAACUAAUCAACAUGAUUUCAGCAGUUUUGGCAAAAUCUGCAGUUAGUAUGGACACUUCUGUUUCAUUAUAAUCUUGGAUGAGUCCCCCAUGUGCAUUUAUUUCUACUGGGGAAGGUAGGUAUGCCCAACUACUUUCAUUAUAACUCCACAAAUUUUCACCUGAUUCUCACACAGUUUGGUUUGUUACAAAUGGUAGAGAUGUAGCUAUGAGACAGGAUGCUGUCACACAUAAAAAAUAUAUACAUAUAUUUGUUGAUUAUACUCGUGUAAGGUAAUCCUUUUUGAUCCGGUUUCAGUACUGCGCUGGUUAUUACAACCAUAUGCAGCACAAAAUACGGGCAUAGUGCUCGUUCUCCGUUGACUCUGGUUGGCUUUUGUUCGAGUCUAGACUGGAAUGAGGCAUCUACGAAUAUUAUGACUAUGAGAUUCACUGUGGUGAUGUCAUGAUCUGAGCAGAUAACACACUGAUCUCUCUAAACUCUCAUGCUGCAACCUGAAACUUUGCUUGUAAUAAUGCUGUUGACCAAAUAGUUCACUUAAUAUUUGUUUUCAGAAUAUGAAAAAAAGCAUAAUACAAAAUUUUCCAAACAUUUAAGAGACACAGAAAAUAGAAAAAUGUGACCAAGAGUGGUUGUGUAAAGUGUCUAAUAAAGGAACGAUGCUGAGUGUGAAAGUGCUAAUUGAUGCUUAUGAUACGGCUUACACUUAAAUUUCUCGUCUUUAGUGCAGCAGAUCGUACUGUAAGAACUCCUACCCAUUCCCCUGAAUUCAUUUGUUUCUCAGGUGUUUACUUUUUAUUAUCUAAUAGUCUUGUUGCAGCCCUGGAGUUAACGGCAGGAUGGUAACCUGUUAAAAAUGAAUGUAAAGUAUUAAUCUUUUAACUAUGACGAGGACUUGACAAGGCUGUAUUUUUAGCCUCUCUCGAAAGAUAAUAUCAAUAAAUGAUAUCAGAUAUAACAGUUACCUAGUCCUCCCCUAUCUUGAUUGAUCAGUGAGGAGAUUGAUAUCUCACCUCAAAAAUCACAUCAGGAAUUCUGUUAAAGUUACCAUGGUGAUUUAACUUAAUGGAGGUAAUAAGAAAAACCCCAUCAAUCUCCGAUCCUGCUUCAGUGUACAGGACCCAUGGCUAAAUUUUACACCACCCUGUAAAUAACUUUGAUUCUGCUGUUCAAGUGGGCCUUUUAAUAUUGGUUUUAAUAUGGUUUCCAUAAAAAUUGGAGCAGGCCUCAACUGUGGUACAACAGUUUGUUCUAGUCUACCUACACACUAAAUUAAUUUUAAUUGCUUCUCCUACCUUAUCGUAGAAAGCUCAUGCAUAUUGAUGGAUUUUUAUGUCACUCUCUUGGUGCAGCAGUGGGAACUUGAUGGAACAGUUUGAUGUUGGAGAAAAAAGCUGACUUUGCUGGUAAGGCAUUUUUGUGAGUGGCAUAAAGUAAAAAAAAAAAAAACUCUCUACCAAUAAUUGAUGUUUUUUUCUAGCUGCGUAAUGAUUUAAUUGGUCAUGGAGUGCAAGUGUUGGACCCUAACCAGUGUGGUGCCCACUUCCAUGCUGUGUUUACCGUUCAUCAUGUCCAAAUAUCAACCUGGACUUUCAAAAUGCUUCAUAUUUCUAAGAUGAGAACUCGCAGGAGAAAACAGCUCACAGCCAGACUGCGACCACCGGGCGUUCUCCACAUAAAUCUUACAGCAAAGGAUUUUUUCAUGCAGACAGAGGAACAGUGAAAUAUAUCAUUCCCUGUAUCCUGGGGUGGUGCCACUGCACAAAAAAUUGACUUUUCUUUCACUGUACAUGGCAUUCAGAUGUAAGUCUAUCCCCAGAAUUGAUUGCAAAAGAAGAAAAGCGACUUGCAUUACACCAAACAAAGGCAAGUCAGUCCCUUUUUUUCCCCCUGUUCUCUCGCUUUUCCAAUUGAAGUCUGACUGAAUGAACAGGAGGAAAUGUUGCACGUCGCUCUAUUUAGACGCCCGCUGUUCCUUUCAGUUCGAGGCAGUUUAUUAGCCCAGCAAGCAGGACACUCCAUUAGGUGUUUUGAAAGCGCGUGCUCCAUUGUCUCACUCCAUUUCCUCUUUUGCUUGCCAGCCUUCCCUAAAGCGUUAGUGGCUUUAAUCAGCAGAGGCCCUUCUGCCCUUUAAGCAUUUAUCUUCAGCGCUUUUGGUCAUCACCGAGCAGCUCUGGAAAGACCUGAAGAUGGAUGGGGUUUGGAAGGGAGGGGAUUUGGUGGCCAUUGAUUAGAGUAGUGGAAGACAAAGCGGUUACCUGCGCAAGACCUGAACACCAUCUGGAGGAUCCCCUUCACUCUUAGCGCAUGAAAGCUAAAGUCAGGACUCAGCCAUCUGUCCAAUUAAGAUCUAUGCUGAGUGUGAGAAAGAAAAAGGAUCUUUUGGUGUUGUUAGAGAGUAAAAAAAUCGAUCAUGCAGAAACUUUAAAUAGCAGGCUUAAUCUUUUUUAUUGACUGCAACAAAACUCAGGGAAUGACCUUUAAAACUCUAUGACAUAUGCAAUUCAGCAGAUGAAUUCUUUAUGGGGAUGAAACCCUUGCUCAUCAAAAGCCUACCUCAUGAAAUGGGCAUACAUUAGAAAAUGUAAGCUGCAUUUAUCAAGGUUCAGUCUGGGUUUACCGGUCCUGUUCUCUUGUACUGGGUGUUGUGUGAUGGAUAGUUUAAUUACCCGACCACAAUGCGCAGCCAUUUGGUCCGUCGUAGCACAGCAAAAACAUUAUAAACCGAAAACCAUUGAUCAGCGGCUGGAUUGUCCACAAAUUAAGAGUGUAAUGGCCUGGAUUGCUCUACAGCUGGAACUUCCAUAUUUCACACAAUGGGGCUUUUAUCAAGCAGAGUGGUCAAAGAGUUUGUCUCCUCUUGAGAUAAAACCACUCAGGUGUGAGUCAAAAUACAGUUGAUAUCGCAUGUGUGGAAAAAGCUUCUUUUUCCCUCCCACUUCUUUCCGCUUUUCCAGCAAAGUGGUGCAGAACAGAUGGCACCACCGCCUUUGUUUUUUCCGACUCGUUAGACUUGACUUGUUGAUGAAAUGGAGCCUUUACGCUGUACUGCUCAUGCAGAUGCGUAGCAGUAUAGUUUUUAAUGUAGCCUCUGUCUUAAAGAGCCAGCCAGUAAUUAACCUCUGCCUUGUGUUUCUACAGCACGGAUGUUAUUUCGUUUCUUACAAGACUGUAUAUUUUCUCCACUUUAACUCCAAGCAAGAGGGCAGUAUAAGCUUUGCAUAACCUUAAAGUGAAUGCAGACAAUGUUUGUUCUCUUACUAGCCAGAUUAACAUUCAUACUUAUUCUUUAGUGCUAACUCCCAGCUCAGGCAGGAAUAUGUCUUCCAUUUGCCCCUCGUUUUGUCUUGCCUGUCACAAUUUUUCUGACUUUUCAAUCACCACAUUUCUGGGAAAAGAGACAGGAAGAGGUUUAAGACUUCUUUGGAGAUGCCUGUCAUGGUUUGGCAUUGUUGUCCACACUGUCAAACUGUGAGUGGUAUCGUCUUUUUGUGGUUGCUGGAUUAGGAUGCAGAGGCUUUUGAGUGUGUGAACAGUGCAGCAGUGAAUACAAACUCCUGUUUAAUCAUUCCCUUUCAGAAUGAUUAAACAUGAGUCUGUUUCUUCGACAUCACGUUUUCUUUCAGCAUCAGACAUGAACUUUAUUUUGUAUAUCUUUCUUCAAGAGGGAAAUCAAGAGUGUUAGCAUUUGGCGUGAUUUGCUGUCCAAAGUCUAGAGAUGCUGCUGCUGCGUAGGAGGAAAAAGCAGACUUUACAGAUUCAAGCUCUUAAAAUAAUUAAAGUUGGCAUGAUGACUCUGCUUUCUUGACGGGUCUAAACCUAAAAAAAGACAGCUUUGGGAGUUACCACACAGCAACAGCAGGCUGAGAUCCACAGUGAAAAAAAGAGUGAUAAAAGUUAUAAUACGCAGAGAAGGUUAAAUCAGAUGCAUUAUUCUGUCACUGGGGAGUGAAAUUAAGCUUUUGACAACUGACCCAUCAUGCUAAAAAAACAAACAUUUUCCAUUUAGGAGAGGGAGACGCUGUUUACUCUAUUAACCUUUCCUCUCGGUUGCACUCAUGACAUUGAACAAUGUGGAAGAGGCGCACUCCUCGCUGGCCCUUUUGCUAAUGAGGCAAUUAAGUCUAUGCUGCCUUGGUUGAGCAAGGGGCAGGGAGAGCAAGGCAAGUCAUCUGCUGUCUCAGCAAACAGCGAGCAUCUAAGCCACUCUGCAGUCUGAAUACAUAACUAGCUCAGCUUUGUUGUAGUGGCCGCCUUGUCAAUGAGGUCCCGCCUUGUCAACGCAACCUUUUGCACAGCUGGAGAUCACGGUUAACAUCAGGCCACAUCUAUCUAAAUGCAAUGAAUUGCAGCAAAUAGAGCGGUAUGCUAAACACAAAUAUGUAAAUUUUGUUUACAUUAAGCCAAGGUGGGGAGCAAUUGUGUGACAAAGCCACAAUAACCAUCUGUGGGUCUUUUUAUUUAUUUAUUAUUUUUUAAAUCUUAUUUUCGCACAUCCACUUUUACAAUAAUAAUUCAACAGCCAUUAAAACAAUUCAUUUUACAAGUGAUCUUAGUAAACAAUCGCCCCUUGUUUUCUGUGGGUCAUUUUGAAAUAACACAACAGUGCAUCCACUUUGUUCAGACAUACAAAUAAAAGACUAUUGCCUUUUCUGUCUACAUUAUAUGGUCUACUACACCAUAAAUACUGCUAGAUAUGAUUUGUUUACACUCUUGAACACACUCUGAGCAUUUCAGGCAUUUUAUUUAGAUGAAACCAAAGCCUCUGUGCAGUAUCAUUCUGCUCUCAGAAUUGCAUCACAGAAGUGAAUAUGCUAUAGUUCAAACAGUCUGGUACCUGUUUCAUUCAUCAGUCUCUGUGUGUCUUGUUGACUUGGGUAUUUAUGAUGCUCCUGGAUGUUAUGAGUUAUUUAUGCAGCUAAAAGAGCUUUUGCUGGCCGACAGACUGAAAGGAUGUUGGUUUUACUGAAGGUCAGGGUAAAGAGUGGCGUACACCAGGUCUGGAGGUUUACUGUAAAGUACAGUGAAGUGGAGUAAAGAUGUUGCUCUGAUCCUGCAGUCCCAGCAGACCGUAUGAGAAAGGCAAGGUUCUGACUCUCCUUCUAUCUCCAUCACUUAUUUACUGAUAACUGAAAGACUGGCACUGCCUGUGUGGUAGAAAGAUAGUAAAAAAUAUGAAUAUACCAGGCGUACGCUAGAUGAUUGAGUGGUUCCUGAUGUGUGCUUUUAUGUCUGAUCUUAUCAGCACAUUUCCUUUCUGUCACAUGUCAGAGGGACACUAUGGAAGUGCCAUUUUCUCUACUGCUUUCAAGAACAUUCAGACUUUAAAAUGUGCUGAUGCUUUGCACCCAUUCAAAAAAUUAGUUCUACCAAAUUUGACGAGUUUAACAACUUGUGUUUUCGUGGCCUGUUAGCAUGGUGACUUGCUGCCAUUAGCAGCUGUGGUGUCCUAGAAAAAAGGCCAGCAUUAGGGCCUAAGUUAAUGUGUUUAAGGGAUGCACAAUUCUAACGAGUGAUAAAGGAAGGCUUACGGCUGCUCAGAAGGGAUUAGGGGACAUAGUCGUCUGUCUUAAGUCUCAGGCUUAACCAUCAUACUCUUUUUUUAUUUCCCCUCCUCCAUCGCUCCUCCCGAGUAAUGAAUCUCCAGUUUUUCUUGACACAACGCAAGAAGAAGAACAUCUCACUCGGCGGGGAAUGAAGACGGCUGCUCAUUAGCCGUGGAAAAAGUGUACCGAGCCAGAAAGAGGAGAUGUCCGGACAGAUUUGCUUGAAAUCAAUGCCUGUCUUCUGUGGCUUCCUCUACAGUAUGAGCUUGCCACAAGUUAUCAGAUUCAUAGGAGGAGGAAAAGGUGUUCUUAAGCCUUACAGACACAUGUUUCGUGUAUACACUGUUGAAACAAAAGAACAAAGUGGGCACUAUGGCUCCUCUUAGCAUCACAUUUCAGCCCUGUUGAGCAGCUUUCACUGUCUACUUUAACAUAUUUGUCCUCAUCAUGUGACCAGAUCAAUACUGAGAGAUUACCUCUGCUCGGUGGGAGACACGGAUACCUCUGAAGUGGCAGGAUUGGAGGAUGGUUUUUAGUUACAGGACACUAAAGAUGCAUAGUGGCAAGGGCGGCUGAAAAAGUGCUCAGUUAGCAAAGGGCUGCACCGGCAACUGACCAUGUGUGUAUGCUGCUGGCUAAAAUAACUGACACUGGACACGUCAGGAUACACGGUUUUAAUGUGAAAAAACUGUAUCCUGAAUCAUCACUCAGCUCUAGUCCUCUUAAUCCAGACUCCAUCCUUUUGUUUCACACUAACAUGAGAUCCUGCCAUGGCUUCCUUGUAAAAGCUUAAAAAACACGACUGUUCCAUUGAAUAUUCAGCUCACAUAUUCAGCAGGUUCAGGACAAAAGAAGAUGCUUUUAUACUUUGGUCGUGUUUCGCUUUUGAGCUAAUGUGUCAGACUGGUGGUGGCAUGAAAUGUACUUGACCUUUACAUUUGAUUUUCUAAACUAUCAAACUAUACCAUGGUAGGAGUAAGUAUUCCAACAUCAUGAAGAUAACAAAAUCUGUCACUUCAAAGUCCAUAAAAACUGCUGAUGAAAUAGUGAAUAUGCUUUGCUUUUUAACCGAUUCUACUGUAUCAAAAUAACUACAUUGACAUGUUGUUUAAAAAAUCCAUUUAUUGCAUUACUCUGACUGGACUAGCACUGAAUUGAACUUUUCAAAGUUGGACUAUCAUACUAGGGCUGGGCAAUAUCGCCUUAUAUUAAUAUCACGGUAUGAUGAGCAGUUCAUAAAUAGACGAUAACUACUCCACAAGCUGCUCAACCCCUCCUACAUUAACUUUGUCUACUUCAGUCACUACAACUUUUGAACCGUCCUCCAUCUCCUCACCUGUCUUUCCCUCUUUGUUACAGACUGGAUGGGGUGGAGUCACGUCUCUGACGUAGGACAGCCUCUUAAAGGGACAUGAGACCAUAGCCUACCUACACACAUCCAAAACCAACUUUGAUUUGUUCAUUCGACAUUUGACAAUAUAUUAACAUGGGCAAAAUGACGUUAGUUAUUGUUGUAAAUUUCGGCAUCGGUAAUUUUUCGGUUUAUUGCCCAGCCCUAUACCAUACCUUGAUAAUGCUGUCAGGGGUUGAUUUUUUUCUGGCAUGUAAGCGGUGGCUCUAUCAAACUAAAACUGGACUUAGCACUCUGCACUUAACCCAGUGCAGCCGCUUGCUAAUGUGUUUUGCCGAUUAUUUUGAUAGGUAUUUCAGCCUGGAGAUGACCCAAUAGAAACAAGCUGAAAGAGGACAUGUCACCACCUACCAUAGUGGAAGUGGACACUAGAUUUUUGCACAGCGCAUAUAAACAGGGACAAGGACAGAAGUCUAGUUAAAUCCCUGUUUUGAGCUAUGUCCAUAGCUCGACUUGACUGUGCAUGUAAAUGUAAUUAUUGUUGAAACCUUUGAAACAGUCUGUUGUUUCAAGCCCUAAACUGAUACUAUGACUAACCUAUGGCUUCAUAUACCAAUGCUGCACUUAACUCAAGCCAACACACAGGAAACAUGGGUGGAGUGUUUUUUUGCCAUCUGUGUUGUCACUUAGCACCCAGAUUUUGCCUCUGAAAAUUGCAUCUUAACAACCGUUAAUUGACCUGCAAGUCAGCAAUGUUUUGUCGCAUGGUAAAUGUACCAUUCAGGGUCUGCAGGGAAAUCAUCAUGCAGCAGCAUGAGCACUUUUUGAUUAUUUAUGGGAGUUAUGCGUUCAGGCAAUGCCCAUUCUGACAUUUACUUCACUUACCCCCUUCACUCUUCCAUUGUCCUCUACCCAGUCAGACAGUCUGCAUAUAUAAUCGCCUUAUGCGGCUGUUUUCAUGAAAAGUGAGAGUGCUGGUUUUAGAUGAAAGGGAGAAGAGAUAUUUAACCUGCUCUGUCCUGUAGGUGGAGAUUAUGACUCAUUAUUGCUCGCAUUAUCAUUAGCACAGCCAGUAAAAGACAGGUAAUAAAAGCACUUGUUAUUUUGGAUUUAUCUUUUACUUCACUUGCAGAAGUGAUCCCACUUGGUUUUAUUUAUUACAUGUCACAGUCUGCACUGUACACAUUAUCUGGAGUGUUAAAACAAAUAUAUUUUAUUUCUUUUUGCAGUCCACAAAUGUUCUGUGUAAUGCCAUUGUUUGCCUGCAUGACAGCGAUAAAAGUAUGAAUGAUGUUUCACUACACUGACCGGCAAGGCCAUGAAUCCUAAUAUUUAGACUGGAGCAGCCAUGCACUCCCAGCUGCAGCUUGACUUCAAGUAAUCAUAGCUGUACACCCUUGCGUAUUGUGCUGCAGGAAAAACACUAUCCGGCAGAGGCUGAGUCCAUCAAUCUAGGAGGCCCGACAGAUUUUCUCCAUCCCAUGUUGGAGGAUUUUUUACAUGGCACCCUUCCCCCACCCAAAGGGAAUAUGUUUAUGAGCCCUUUCUCUUACUGUCCUGUCUCCUCCCAAUCCCCUCUCCUUCUUAUGAGAUGAGGGGUCUAGCAUGGGAGUGUAUGUGUAGAGCUUCCCGCUGCAGGGUCUUGAUGGAUGGCCACUCAGCUAUACAUGCCGUGCUCACCAGAGGAUGGCCAUAUUUCUCCUUCAGUGCCCGCCGCGUAGACCUGCAUCUGCAUGAGGACAGUGGGGACGCUGCUUUGUGCAGGGCUGAGUAGGAGUAUCUGAUUAGGUGUAAUGGAAUUACAGUAAUCUGAUUCUAAAAGAUGACAUCUGUAAUCUGUUGUAUUUACUGUAAAUAUGCAGUAAUAAGAUCAAAGAUGCUCGUGAUGCGUCAGAGAUAUUGUAUUGCUGUGUACAUCUCUGGAAUCUAAAUUGUGGGAUUUCUCUUUAGAGUGCAGACUUGUACAUUAAAAUGAACCCCAUUUAACUAAAAGCUCUUAUUGAAGUGUGACGUAAAUUAAGGAUUCUAGCAGCAUUACUGGUCACAAUUUUCUGCAGGUAAUCAGCACUUUAAGUAAUUGCAUUUGAGUUUAAUCCUCCUAACCCUUGUAACUGCUGUUGCAGUAAAUGGCGGGCUGGUUGGAUGAUAUGUUGAGGUGGAGUAUUAGCAAAAUGAUGACCUAAGGGCCUUAUUGGAGGCUACUGCUCGGUCAUAGGAGGAAUAAACGCUGCAGGGGGCUCUGCAUGGCAGUGCGCUGCUGCUUUUGGGUCAGAGAAGUGAGGGAGAGAGAGAAAGAGAGAGAGAGAGGGAGGAACUGUCAUUGAUCCUGUGGUAUUAGCUUGGGCUGCAAUCAUAAUGAAACCAGUACUAUGUGCUCUAUGUUUGUGUGUGUGUGUGUGGGGUGUGUGACACUGACAACGCCUGUAAAUAUCUGCAUCUGGAGUGUUUAUAUCCUGGUGAUUAAUUAUAACUCAUGUGGACACAAAUAAAUCACUCAAAGUGUUUGUGUGCAUGCAUGUGUUAUUGUAUGUGUGUAUCCCCAGAUGGCCUUGUGUUAGCGUAUUUGUAGUGUGUGUGUACACACCGAAUGUGUGUAUCCCCAGAUACCUUGUGUGAACAUAUUGCGGGGUAUGCAUUGUCAUCGAGUGAGUGUACUAGGUGGAUAUAUAUUUCCCUGACUUUGAGUGUGUGUCUGUGUGUGUGUAUGUGUGUGUAUACGUGUCUGUGUACAAAGUGAUGAAGCAGGAGAGGCUGCCUGGCGACUCAUCCAUCAUUUUCCCCCCUGGCCCGUGGUGCCCUCAGAGGAGCGCUGCACUGUCACGGUGACAUUGGGCUCAUUUUGGUCUAGAAAAAUGGUGCAUCCACCCACGGCGUCACCAGCGCCACCACCUCCGCCACCGCCGCCCCCGCUCCCUCCAGCCAACCAGCCAGCUUAGUCUUCGCUGUUACAAUCCCUCUAAUAGUCUCAGACUUCCUCCCCCAGCUGACAGCUUUACACGCCGUAUCCAUGGGGACAGAUUGCUAAUCAUAGCCAGCGCUCUUUUGAAAGGCCCUCUUUUGUCCACAGUCAUUUAGUGGAGCUCUUCGGGUGGGUUGUCACCCCCGCACACCCCACUCCCACCCCCCCAGAUAACCUUGAAAGAGGUGGAGGAGAAGGGGGGGUAGAUGAGAGAUAUAAGGGGAGAGGUGAGACCACUUUAUAGGCGUCCCGUGGCGUCUCUGCCUUGUCUUGCAUCUCUGGUAAUGUACAGGGUGAGUCAGCAUGAGCAACCGCAGUACAGCCCAGUCAAUGUGUUCAGGCUCACUUCUGAAUAGACAACGCCAGCGCCAUGCCUCCAAACCGCUGCAGCUGCUGCUUCGUGACUCAACAUGGUGUACGUGCUCCUGUCCUCCAACUCUCUUAAAAUAUGCACGUACAGGACAGCACAGGCACACACACACGCCAUUAGCCACUGCACAGAGUGAAAGGUGUCAUGGUCAAAGGGGCAUUCUGCACAAUCUAGCAGGAGUCAAGGGUGUGAAAAAGCAGGAGACUGAUAGUGCGACCGACCAUUCCAAAUCAAUGUGUUGCAGGCCUGAUGCAACAAACAGAGCUCUUUACUCGCUCAUGUGAGGUUAGAAAGAACAACAUGUGGAGCACACAUUUUGAAAACCCAUGUAUGAGGUUUUAUUUUCUGCGUGGCCGAUGGUGCAUGGUUUGUAUACCGCAGGUAGGCACUCCUCUAAGCACACAAUACUCAAUGGACUGCUACCACAUGGCUGGUAUAGACAUCCAUCUUAAACAAUCAUAUUAGCUCCUACCCUUAUUCCCACAGAGACUGUGUGCUUAUCAACACGAACACACAGAAACAGACAGACUGAUAAGCACAUAAAUACAUGCAGACAUAGCUCAAGCACCAGCUCUGGUUAUGUAACUGCAGUCACCACAUUUUAGUGUCAUUCCUCCCAAAACGGCACCUUGUUGUUAAGGGAGAAGGGCGGAUGAGAGGCAAACAGAAACAGAACGCAGAUAAAAAACUGAAGAGAGGGAGACGUAAAGAGGAAGAACAGAGGGAGACUGGGAGAGACAAUAAGAGGAGGAUGAGGAGGAAAACAGGAGUUGAGGGAUUGCAGCAUGUUUGCCCCCAUUGCCAUCAUCCAGUGUAUGCAGUUUAAACUGUGCCUGAUCAGUCAUGCUUCUCCACAUUCACACACAGAUGAAAACACAAAUAGAAUAUAUACCCACAACUCUACCGACAACAGUAUGCCUGCAUGGCUUUGCCUCAGUAAGCCUCCUAUCAUAGAUAACCUCUCCAGCUGACAGUGGCAACAGUGGCAUUAAUCCUGAUCCCAACAACAACAACAGUGAUGGACAGUCAAGGCCUUCACAGAACCACAUCAGCAUAUUCCGCCCUCUUUAUCUCUUUGGGCAAAAAUGUAUUUUGUAAUUCUAAAAUGGAUCUGCUUCCAUAUUUGCAAGCAUCCAGUUAGGACAUGCUGGAUAGGUGGUGGAUUGAUCUGCCUGUUCUGUCACUGGAGAUCAAUUGUCAUCUGUCCUCUUCGAUUGGAGAUCUUGUUUCCUCCAUUUGCCUGCAUGGUGUGCCCUGCAACCUCAAAUUCCCAUUUGACCUCACCUUUCCCAUAUCUCAGAGGGAAGGUCAACACCGAUUAUUAAUUUGCAUGACCUUGUUGACUCUAAUGUCCUAUUGAGCUGCUGCUGUGUGGUCGCACAUGCGUAUUGUCUUUCAUACAGCUCCACAAAUAACUUCCUUCCUGUACAGGGGGAUCAAUAACACAGCAUGAGCAGUAAGAAAUAUUAAGCCAUUUCCCAUUUUGCCAUAAUAACAGGAACUGCAGAAAUGCUAGCUAGCCUGGAAUCAAUAGCUCUGAUGUAAAUGAAACUCUUCCCUUCCUGUCUCAGUCACGUCUUUGUGGUUUGUUUGUGUGCAUUUCUAUACACUUAAGCAGAUUUCUCUCAGACAAACAAAGCUUCUCUGGAGGAAUUCAGCUGUUUCGGGUCACAAAUAUCUCUCAGGUUUCUAUUAAUAUCACAGCCAAGUGUUAUGAUGUAUUGCUCUGUGGACUCUUAUCACAGUCUCUCACCAUGAAGGCACACUGUAUAGCAUAUUUCAAUCAUUCUGUCAUGGGAGAACUAUAAUCUUUUUCUUCUGCAUGGCAUAUGUCCUUCCACUUCUAACUAAUCCUUAUUAUGCCUCAGAAGCGAAGGUCAUUGUCAAAGCCGAGGGGUGAUUAAGUUAAUCCACUUGUUUUCUGAAUCCGAUUUACCUCAUUUUCUAAACUAGGGAACAAUGUUCUGGCACAAAGACAUCAAGAUGAUACGCAUUAAGGAGGAGGGCCCCCUCACUGGAGAGGCUUCUAUUAUCUGUCUACAUCAUCUGCAUCCCUUUCUGCUUCCUAGGCCUAUCAGCGGAUUUCUAAUGACUGCAUUCAAAGCCAUCUCUGAUUUAUGGAGAGUGAGAGUGAAAGUGAGAGGAGAGCACACGAGUUAAAAGACGAACAAUCUCUCUUCUUAUUCAUGAAUUGAUCUAUACAGCUGCAGUGUAAGCCACAAGCAGCGUAAGGCGCAGGGGCCUGGUGAGCGGGAGCCCCUGUGCUGCGGCCGGCCAGUCUCGCUGAGUUACGCAGUGCAGUAGCAAACAGUUGACUUCAUUAGCAGGUCCCUCCCUACUUGGGGAUGGAUUAUUUACGACUGCACUGGGCACGGACAGAUGCUCCACAGAUAUUGUACUAUAGAGAGUUCUGCGAGUACAAAUAAGUGUGCAUAACAGGGGGAGUGUGUGUGUAACACUGCCAAAGCUGUUUGCAUGCCCUACUAUCAGCAAAGCAGCCUAAACCUACAAUAAACCCCGAGUUAUUUAACUUAAUGCUGAUAAAAAUGUAAAAUGCAUCAUGUGUUAGAGAGCGGAAUCAGUAUUUGUGUGAUUAUUUGACCAUUAAUCUACAUGUAAGCUCAUAUACCAAACAGGGAAUGCCCAUGCAUGCAUAUUUGCGCAUCCAUGCUAAUGUGUCGUGUUAAAAUGUCAUGCGAGUCUACAGUUACAAAUAUUUGUGUAUGGAUUUUUUUUAAUGUAAAAGCCUUUCAGUGUAUUAUAUAACCAUUAGCUCUUGCCUGUCUGCUCUGAUCAAUCUCUUUUAGCAUGUGAGUGAUAUGAAAACAUUCUGUACGGGAACAAUUUGGCAGCCAGGCAUUAUGUUUAACUACCUCCUACGUAAUUUCUACGACAGCCAGCACUGAUAAACAUGUAUAUGUAUGAGAUAUGUCAAGACUUAUAUUGUUAUCACUUGUCACCAAAUGCAGAGACAGUCCAAUGGCGUGAUCAGCCAAUGAGGGGAAAUGAUGAUAAAUUAUGUCUUUGCUUUUUGCAUUUCCAUUAGAGUGAAAUGGUUUCAUGACAUCAUGGGAGUUAAUGGAAAUAGAGCAAGGAUAACACAUACACUAGAAAGAGCAGUGGGUAAACAUACUGAGUUAAUGUUACACUCUUUGUAACUCUUACAGGCUUUUCAUUGUCAUGUAUACCUACAAUCAAUACAGUAGUCACAUUUUUAAUCGGUUCUGGUGUUACAAGGUUUUGGCCUGUCAAUCAUGUGAUUGCAAACUAACUGUAAAUGAGCAAUACAUCACACAAACACUUAAAUUAUUAAUCUAUCAUGUAUCUAUUUUUCUAAGAAGUCAUGCCAUCCAUGUUUAUGCUGUGCAAUGUGCAGACUGAAAAGACUCACAAUUUCUGUAUUUAUUUGCAUGCGAUUUUAAAGGGAUAUUUCAGUAUUUUUCAGAGUUGAUGUCGUUUGGGUUUCAGAUUAUAAGUACAUGAAUUAGCCGCACUGGACAGUUUUCUGCAUUAUAAUUUUUUUUUUUUUUUUUUUUUUUUUUUUUUUAAGAUUAUGACCCAAGUACUCAUCUCAGAACUUUUUGCUGUCAUAUGUAUUAUUUUAGCACUUUGCCAUCAGAAAGCCUUUCUGUUUUAAACUAUUUCCAAACACAACAGAUGUACCUGCUUCUCUGCCUGCAGUUUGAUGAGCUAAUGAAGGCAAGGCAAGUUUAUUUGUAUUGCACCAUUCAUACAUGAGGAAAUUCAAAGUGCUUUACAGAUGCAAGGAACUACAUAAAAAUUAAAAAAAGGAGAGAUGAAAACAAAUCACAAAGACAUAUAAUGAUUUAAAAUCAAACAGACAAAACAAUUUAAAAUUAAAGACAUAAAAUGUCAUUUAAAUUCAUUGAAACAGUUGAUAUUGAUGGAACAGCAAAGUUGAAGUUUAAGAAAUUAAAAGAGAUUGUUUUGGGUCAAGAAAGAGUGAAUUUGUUGAUAAACAACUUUCUCAGUGAUGUAUGAAAUAUGAUAUGAUUGCAUGUCAUAUUGUAUAUUUUAAAUGUUGAAGAUCCUGAUAUAUCGACUUUACCCAGUUUCUCUCAGUUUUCUCCUUUUCCCUUUGAGGACUUAAAUCUCAUUAUUGGUUCAUAAAGGUGUUCGGGGGUGUCUUUCUGAUGGCAAAGUAAAGUGUUGAAAAUUUCCUCAGUACAACAUACACUUGAAACAAGAUGAGUGGGAGUCUCUCAAAACAUACAGUACUAUGCAAAGUUGGCAGAAAACUGUAGCCUAGCUUGCAUGUUCUUUCUCCUGGCAGAGCUGACCAGCAUCUAAGGAGCUGGUACACUUAUCAGUGACAUGGCACCCAUAGAACCUUCUACAAAUAUACUGAAUACCCCUUUAAAAGUCUAGAGUGUGUAGAUUUUUGAUAUUUUCAUGCAUUAGAAGUAUUACUUGGAUGAUUUGCUUUUAACAUUUCCCCAUUUUUUAUUGUUAGAUUUAUUGUUAUUGUCAGAUUCAGCUCCUAACUGAGCCCUUAUAAGCAUGCCAGCCGACCCAAAUGUGCAGACAAUUAUUCAAACCUUUAGUUUGAUUUAAAAGACCAAAUUAAAAAAGCCUAAUUUAUCUACUGGCUUGAUGUGAAAAACUGGUACUUCACACAAACGCAUUGUCCAAAAACUCAGCCAUCAAAAGGAAUACAAAUCAAAAGGACCAAUUAUGAAUGAUUCUGCCUGUGAUGAAGAUCAUAAUUCACUGGUGCAUUAUGGUUAAUGUAUUCCAGUAACUUGAACAAUUUAUUGUGACACUCAAAUGCAAACAACUAGAAUGCACAUAUAGACUGUAACUCUGCCUGAAUUUGACAAGCCUGUUGGGAUCUUUGGCUUCGUUGCAAGCUGCGACAUUAUAGUGUUUUGCAAGCGUGAGGCAAGAGAGGCCAGAAAAAGACAAAAGACAAUGGAGAGAGAGAAAAGAAAGACAAGAAGAAAGGGAGAGCGAAGGAAUGUGGGAUGGACGAAUAAACAGACAGUGAGCUGAAAGGGAAAAAUGAGGCUAAAGUGAAAGAAGUGCAGAUGUUUUACACUGUUUAGCAGAUCCUGUUGCGAAGCUUCAACUCCGUCAUAAUAAACAGACUGAACGAGCAAUUCAAAACACCUGGAGCCCCACCGUCACCUAUUAAGUCAAGCUUAUAAUCAUCAGGGGGGGCAUCUACUCUGCAAAUCUAACAGCUCUUUUUGUGUGUACGAGUGUCAGUCACUCCCACAGCUUUGCAAAUUAAGGUGUGACCGAGCCAGAGUGUGAUCCCUCCAUAGCCAAAACAAACACCAUAAUAGGCGCUUCAAACGCACGCUCUGUUAUUUUUCUGUAACCGGUGGGCUGCAUUUAGUGUGGUCCUGGCGUCUUUAUCAGCUCUGUCUGAGAAAAACACCCACAUCUCUACCAGAAGAUUUGAAUCAUCACCAUCAUCAUCAUUUUCUCCUCAGUCCUUCACUUAAAAACACACCACGUGGAGCUGAAAACUUGACUGCUCAAAAAAAAAAGGAACUUAGAGUUGACACAUCCUUUAAGACAAAUUGGAUCAGAAUUUCCAAGAGGAGUUGCUUUCAGCUUUUUGACUACUUUUGAGCCUUUAAUUUGAGAAAAGUGCUAAAUUCAACAUCAGAUUGAGAUUCUGUAAUCCACUUGCAUUAGUCUUAUUCUAUUUCAAAGACUUAAAGAAUAAAAGGUAAUUCUUUAGAGGGAGAGAUGUGAAAAAGCCAUUUUGAAAUGUACGUUUGUAGCUACUUUGAGGGCUUUUGGGGAGCAGCUUUUAAGUGAGUCAUGAUUCUUAGAGAAUAAAUAAAGAGAAGCAAAGAUUAAGAAAGGAAAGAGUAAGGUCCCCUCAGCUCAAAGGUCUUAGACUGGAUCAGAUCUGCAGCUUGCUGCAUGAGGUGUGUUCAACCUGGAUUCAUAUUUAAAAGGGCAAGAAACUUAGUAUGAAAGCUGCAAAAGCUCCAAACACAAAGGGCGCUUUUAUCUCCUCUGUUAUUCUUCGACUCACAUCCAGCACCAUAUUUGUGCAGCUGCACAGUUUCUGGUUGUUUUUGUAGCUGGACUCAGAGAGGAAAGCAAACUGGAAUCAGCAGAACUUGAAAGUAUUCCCCUUUUCCUAGUAACUGGAUUUCUGUAUCUGCCCUGCAGCUGGCCACCCAGGGUCUGUGUGAGUGUGUGUGUCUGCUUCAUUUGGCAAAGCUAGUCUGCUAAACAAACUCUUUCAACUCGGGCUGAUUCAGGCUCAUUCAGACAAGAGAGCAGAGGGGAUAAUCAAUCCUUAGAUGCACCAUUCUUAAAUAUUUUAUCACCUCAGACUCUGGAAGAUGGCUGAGUCUGAAGCAGGAAAAAGAGGAACUUUAGCUGAACUACAGUUUCUAUAAAAAUAAUCCCUUGACUGCUUCCACCGUGAUUGAGAAGGAAAUUAAUUAUUGCAGGGCAUUUCAUUAGAGAGAAAAAAAGUAUAUGCUAGGGGGAACCUAAUCGCAGCCCAUUUUCUCACUUUAUUGUUUUCUGGAUGCCUGUUUGUGAUGAUGGAGCAAAGCGGCAGUGGCCAGAGUGGGAGCCGAUCCUUAUCACUCCUGUUCCCAUGCUUUUUUGCCAGAUGGAGCUCUUGGUGGCAAUUUUGAGCAGCAGCACAGUAAAGCAGGACAAACGACUCACUGAUGAAGGAGGGCCUUAAUGUUUUAAGUGUUAAACCCUGUAUCCCCACUCAUCCUUAUGGGCUAUUACAGUUUAUGUUAAUUAGAUUGUUUUACAGCCCAGCUGACCUCCUUUGCUCUGCUUAAUAUGUACUUUCUUGAAACAUAUUGUCACAGGUACUUGAACCGGGGAUGUAUGAGCUUUUUUUCCUCUAAGGACCAGUCACUAAUAAACUAAACCCUGAUGAGAGUUUAACCUGUGAUCUACAUCAGCUGUUAACCCUUCUCCAUUUCUGGAAGUAAAAGUACAAUUGUCGAGUACCCUGGCCAUCUAGCUUCAUCACUGUCUACUUUGAGACUCUUGUCUGUCCCCACAAAUUAUUUCUCGCCUCACCAAGAGAGCAGGAGCGCAAUGAUCCAUUUGACUAAGAGAGACACCUCCCCCAUUACUCUCAGAUCGAGCCUGGCACCUCUCACCCGGCCGUGCUGGUCACAGACAGGGCAGAGUGGAACUCAUCUGUGUGGAGGGGAGCGGUGUUUAAGCACAUUAAGCUGCCCUAAACGGAUAAACGCAGUAAAUUUGAGCCUCUACACCUGCAUCCUAAUCAGUGAAGACACCAUUCACAAAAGCACCAUUGACAAAAGCCAUUGCAUCACUGGUAUGUCGAAGAAAAUUAGCGAAGGCAUAGAAGUAGACGACGGCGAAGCCUAAGACCGGCGCAGGACCGAUUAUAAGAUGAUUUAGUGAGUGAAUAGCAGUUUUGACUCACCGAGAGAGCCUCUGAAGACAAGCUUCAGAGAGUAACAGAGUGUGGUUUAUGUUGUUUCAUCCUUACCUAUCUCCAAGGAAAGGAUGGAGACAAGGAGUCUGUUCAGUUCAUGAUGUGUACCGUUACUCAUUUAGAGGACAGACAGAGAUCAGAGGAGCUAUAAUCAAUAAAACACCAUUUUCUCCCCACUGUCUCCUUUCCUCCCUCCCUCUCUUUAUCCAUCGUUUACUCGAUCAGAAACUUAUAGGAUUGUAUUAUCUGCUCUUAAACAGUCUUUUCAGCAUGUUAACAGUAGUCAGGUAAGGCCCCCCGCGGGUGCAUCAGGUCAGGUUUUCUAUAUAUGGCUCACUUGUUUUUCUGUUAAGAUCCCUUGAAGCUGCUGCUGCUUGAUCUGCAUUGCUGCUGAUUUGCUCAUACACAAUACUUGUGUUGGUAAUCCGGCAUUCACUUGAUGACAGCAAGUGUUGCUGUAUUAUUAUUAUCUGUAUGCAAUCAACAUGUUUUAAUGUGCACAUUUCUUCAAAGUUGAACUGUAUUUGAUUCAGCUUUUGAAUUUAGCGCCAAACAUAGCUGUAAAACAAAACCACUCUAUGCAAUCUUAGGAAUAAGUAAAAUCGCCUAUGCUGAUUCUUGUUUGUCAGAAACGAAAACUUUAGGAUGUCUCACAGCUGAUAUGUUGACUUCGAAAGAAGAGGAAAGCCAUGAGUGUGUAACCUCAGAGACGAUUGUGAAAGCUUGUUUGGAUUCACUAAAUGAGAGGCCAAGGGGGCUGGAGGAAUCUGGUUUCUUAGUCACUGAUGGGCUGGGAUGGGUGGGGUGCCAGAUGUUCGUGGACAUGCAAGCAGUACACCGAGGCUGGCCCUUGCAGCAUGCUGCAGUAUGUGAAAAAGCUUGGCACCAUCAAAGCAGCUCUCUCUUUGGCACAAUGUGCUGGUGUGCAACAUGGUCCUAGUCCCAGGCCUCUUUCUCUCCAGCCUCAGCUACAGUCUGAGAUGUUCAUUUCCCCCAUUUCACUUCUCUUUCUGUCCCUUUUUCAUCCCUUUUUCUCUAACUUAACAAAUAACCAGCUUUGACUGACUAUUCAGAGCACUUUUUUCUACCUCAUGCAUCAAUGUUUUUUUUUUUUUCUUUAAUGAGAUAAAAAAGUCAUGGUCUCUGUACCACAGCACACAUUUGCAACAUGUUCUGUCUGCACCACAUUUUUAUUGUCUGAUGGUCUGUAACUUUGCCCCACUGGAUCCCUUUCAGAGCAGGGCCUAACUCAGAGCAGCUAGACUCCCAAAUCGAAACCUCCUGUGAGAACUUGUCCAGAUUUUGCUGAAGUAUUAAGAUCAUAGGAUACCACAAAUGUAAACAGAGAGCAACAUAACAAUCUAUUGUGUCUUUCUGGAGUUGAUGAAAUGUCCAUUUGGAUAGUACUUUCUUAUUUUUGUUCAUCUACCAUGAGUGAUUACUGUGCAUUAGAAAACUUUGUUUUCUCAUGUGAAAAACGCAUUUAAUAAGUAUAAUUAGAUUCUACCUUGUUGUUACCUAAAUAGAAGUCAACAACUAAAACUCCUGCUAUAAUCAAUCAGGGUCUCAGAUUUGUGGCUGUAUUGCUGUUGUUAAAGCUGCUAUGAGGAACUUCUGGUUUGGGUUGAUUUUGGCGCCCCCUGUGGACAGAGUAAUACUUCUUGUCUCUUGUCAUGUACAUGUAUAAGUAGUGGAUCUCAACGAGAACCUCAUGUUACUGUCUUAUAACAGUGAAAGUUAUCGCUCAUUGUGAGUGGUUGCCAGGGAAACGGUUCUAAUGAAGCUGUGUCUUUGCCAUGCUCUGGUCUGACACCUGACCCCUCAACCAGUUAAAAACUCCCCACAGUGCAUUUAACAAUAUAUCCAUGCGUAUGAUCUAAUUUAUGAUUUAUUUUAAAAUGUCCUGUUAGAGCCCGAUAUGUAACAACGAUCUGAAACGACCCAGACUGUAAUUAAAUAAAACCCAAAAUGUAACAAGAUACUGAACAAGUUAAAUGUAUAACUUUCUGCCCAAAAUGUAACAACUUGUUACACUGUGAGUCAGUUAUUACAUUUUAGAUUGUUGUUACAUAUUGGGCUCUAACAUGCUCCAGAUAGUCCAUGCCAUUCCCGUGUCUGAUCUCCCGUCUGUGUGAGUCUGCUCUGAGCUCAUGCCGGGGCUGAGCACCAUUGAAAAGAGAAUUGGCGCAUAUAUAGUAUAGCGCAGAAGGAAGAGACGCUUCUGGGGCGUAGCAAUGAUGUAUUAUGGCGCCAAGCGUUGACUAAGGUGAGCGUGAUUCAGCUCCAGACCGAAUGUGGUGCGAACAGAAUGAAAAAACCCUCCUGAGAUUCUGGGAAUGCAAACAGGAAAGCCAAUCUGAGAUGCAUCUUGCCUAUUCCCAUGGCAUCUGGUGGAUCUAUGCAAUCUUCAAUCACCGCAGCAGACGUUCCCAUUAACUGCGAUUGUCUCUUUCAUCUCAAUAUGCAGAUUCAACUCAUUGUUAUAUUUUAACCAACAACAGUUUCACAGCUAAAAACCGAUCCGUUGAAGAUUGAUCGUGUGAAGGUCUGUGUUUCUGUGUCCAUUGCUCACAUAUUUCAAGGUUGUUAGUUCUUCUAGCCCCCCUAUGGUUUUCUCAUCCUGACUUUAUGGUGCUGCAUUUUGCUAACUUGUCACUAUCAUGCCGAAGAGGUCAACCAGAGGGCUUGAUCACUGACCUUCCAGGUCCUCACAGCCAUGAGUCAACCCCCCCCCAACCGAUGAAAGAUGGCCUGUUAGCAUCACAGGGAGCACCCAUGCGUCCCUGAAGCUGAUUAAAACACAGGUUGAUGGGUGUUAUUUACUGCAUGGCCCGAGUGUGUGCCUGCAUCUAUGUGUAUGUGUGAAUUCUGUUUAUGUGUGCAUGCAACUCAAGGACUCUGGUCCCAGCAGGCUGCCGGCCUCAUAACCCCCAUCCAUCCAUCCAUCUCUUCAUCCAUCCCCCGCCGUGCAAUGGAUCAUGUGAGGGAAUGAGAGAGAAGAAGGAGGGCCAACAUGGCUGUCAUUUCUUUCUGCGGGACGUGUCACCUCUUUAGCCUUGGUGAGGAGCUGGUUGAAGGUUGAAGACUGCUGACAUACGCUCCGACCAUGAUAUGCCAGAAUGGGCUGGGUGUUUGUGUGCAUGUGUGCGCAAUCGGGUGCUCCUGAUGGUUUUGUGUGUCUCUAUUAGAGCACAGUGUGUGUGUUUGUACAUGCAUUCACGUGCGUGUAUGUGUGUGCACCUCAGACGACAUUGCAGCUGAUGGCUUGUCACUGAUAGUGGCCUCACCGUGAAAUGAAGGUCACAGUACUCUCUGGGUUUCAUCUGGCCCUCUCAUAGGAGUACCACUGUAGCUGUCAGCUAAUGAGACAGUGGAAAGGAGCAAGGGAAGCAGGGUAGAUAAAAGAGCUGAGAGGGUGAAAGAGAGAGAGGGAGGUGGCGGGUUAAUGAGAGAGUAGAGAGGAGGAAAAGGGCGCUAGGUAAAGGAGAAAAGAAAGCUAGAGAUUGAAGUGAACUACAGAGGCAAAAAAAAAAAAUGAAGUCAGGAGUAGGACAAAACAAAAUGUGCAAGAAACAAGAAUGAGCGCAGAGAGAGAAAAAAAAGCAAGAAAGCAAGAAAUGAAGCAGAACAGCAGAAAAAGGGGACGUCAGAGAGAGGCAGAGUGGAGCUCAUGGGAAAACAGCAGACAACAGGGACAAGGAGGAGGAUAAAGCAAUGAAAGGCUUGAAGAAAAUUAGAAACAAAACUCUGCCUCAGCUCCAUUUUCAAGCAAGCCAUGAAGUAUAGCUCCGAGGAGGAGGAGCAGCAGCAGAGAGAUGUUGCAGGAACAGUAUGGGAGUGGUCCCCUGCAGUCUGCCAUGCACCACACCUUCUCACCGAGAGCAUCUUGCCCUGUCUCUUUUACUUCCCCCCCAGUCUCUUCCCCUUUUUUUCUCUAUGUAAUUCACUGUCUUCCUGUUAUGCUGCCUUUUUGACUUCCUCCUUUGUUCCAGCCCCCCCUACCCAAUUCCUUUAGAGAGCUCCCAGACAGUGCCUUGAGGCCACCGUACUCAGGAAUGAUGGAUUGGGUCGAGGGUGCAUGGAAGCGGAGGGGGGUUGCGGAGCACUGCAGUGUAGCAUGACUGAUGGGAACAUGCAUUAUUUUCCUGGAGGGCUCAGCCAGCCAGGACCAGGAUGUAGUAUAUUGCCAUAGCAUGCUAAAAGGGCCUGCAGCACAGAGAAGGGCCCCUUUUUUUAAUGGUCAUUUGGUAACCCUUAAUCAUGACCUGCUAUUCCUACGUAAUAGCUCAUGGCAGCGACAGAGGAGGAUAUUGGCAGAUGUUCAAGCUGCACUACAAGACUGACUUCUUGAUGGUUUGUGGAACAGCCCUGGUUCUCCUCCACAGGCUUUAGAGCAGUUAGUGUGUCCGUAAAAGGCUGUUUGGCUGAGGCAAUACACAGUGACUCACCGCCACCAUGGGACGUCAUCCCACACCCUCUUGCCUCGUUGUCAUACAACAUACAUAUGCAACACUUUGGCCACAACCUACCCUAGAGUCUCCCUGUUUUGUUUUUCUGUCUCUGGGGUGAGCGCACGAGGUGGAGUCAUUUACAAAAUGGCUAUAAACAUCCACCCGGCUGCUCCUGCGGUGCUUUUAAGUCAGGUCAUAAUGUUUUAACUUCAAAUCAAUAUUCCGGACUGUGAAUUUCAUGCGACUUGGGGAAAAACGUCUGUAAAUGUCCCGUCCAUUACACCGCUCCUGUCGUGCUGUGCAUAUGUACUGUAGCCUCAGCCUUUCUCAUUCAUUUGUAAUGAGUCAGUUAUGGUUCCCCUGAGUGAUGAUGGAGACUACAGUCUUACUGUUCAGCCAACCAGAUCCUCAUGAUGAAGCGUAGAGGCAGGGUUGUGACACUAUUCUCUGUUGUUAACAUAAAUAGCGAAGACGUGUUGCCAUGGAGUAACAUUUGGCAAGUGAGGGAUAGUAAUCAUUUCUUUUUAGUCUGCAACGCUGUGUUAAAUGAAUAUUUUUUAAUUAAAAAACCUUAAAAUAAUAUUCAUUUGUGGUGUUAUGGAACGUUUCUUUAAGGAACUGUCAGUUUUGGCGCCUCUGUGGACAAAAUGGUCUUCACUUUUCUUGUUCUCUACAUGCUGAAGUAGUGCCUUCCGACAAAAAAAUCUUGUAUUUUUGACUUUUGCCAGUCAAAUGCAUAAUUUUAUCUGAAUAUCUUAUAUGGAAAUUGUGAAAACAUUACUUUUUUAGCUGCUUAGCUGACACGUACCCCCUCACAACAGGUCCAGGCAUUAAAAAGGGCAAAGUACAAAAUGUCAGUCUGGCCACUGAUGGUCUUGUUUGCUUUUGGACGUCGUGAAAAGGAAUCAAUAUGAGCCCCAAGCUAUAACAUACGUGUCAAAAAACCCUAAUUGAAGCUUUAAAUGUUUAUUUUGAAGUCAAAUUUGAUUUAACCCAUUAAAGGAAAUUUAAUGUGGUCAGAAACUGAAAUUGUCAAGAAAAAAAACAAAGAGUUUUCAAUUAGCAGGACUGGUGUAUAAACUUUAUUUAUAAAUCACUUUUCACAGACAAAAAAAACAAACAAAAAGAACAAUGGGAUAACCAUACAACAUAAAGAAAUGAAGUAAAUAAUAUAACUUAUCAUCUAACAUUAAACUGUUUUCCUUUUUACUCAUGUACAGUAGAUAAUCCAGUUAAACUGAUAUCUCAACAAACUGAAUACAAACCUUUCAGUUUCCUAUCAUUGCCCACCGUAUCAUACGACAUUCAGCUUUAUGUACAAGUCAUUAAAGGCUGAAUCCAUAUGAAUAUGAAGCACCAAAAGAGGCUCACAUACCACAUGCAAGGUACAGGAUUUCUUUUUCACAUUUGGCACAUGUGGAAUUUCACUGUCAAAUAUAUGCUACUUGAUUAAUUCGACAUGCAUGCAGAGCAGUCAGUCAUAGGUAAUUAUUUGACCUCUGUGCCUCCUUGAAUGAUUUUCCUUCAGUUAUAUGCACAUAAUUCUUCCUUCGAUGGUUAUAAAAUGAACAUAAUGGACACAAGAUUGUGGAAACACGAAGCCUGAAUAUAAGAUUUUCUCUCAUGUUAGCCUGUCUCACGAAUAGAAUUGAAUGACUUAAGGCAAACCAUAAGUCCUCAAAACAAAAGCUUUUGAACUGUAAACAUAUUUUAUUCAUAGAUGAGAAUAAUGUCUUAAUAGAGAGAGUUUAGUCAGCAGUUCUCAGCCUAUUCAAAAAGGAGUGAAAAAAAAAGUGUUUUCAAAACCCAACUUGUAUUCCCCGAUGAAAAAUUGCUGUUCCAUUUAAGUGCGUCAUCAGAAAAUAUCUCAAGAGAUUAGGGUUUUGAGAUUAUCAAACUGUGGUAGACCAAGAAUCCAGCCAAGAAAGUGGGGCUGCAAUUAUUCAAGCAGUAAAUGGUCAUAAUAACAGUCACAAUAGUAGUCAUCAUAAUGACAGUGUUAAUAGCCCGGAUCCAAUCUGUGAGUGUUUAAUACACAGUCCUCUUCAUUGUCAACACAGGAAAAAUGUGCUAUCAUUAAAGACGAGUGUUUUGGCUUUAGCUGACGUAAAGAUUGUUUUGUUAACCAAAGACCUGGCCUCAGUAAGCCAGAGCUAAAGUCGUGACUAAGAGUUUCCAAAGAGGUUUUAGCCAAUAUCCAAACCAGCUGUCAAAGAAUGUGGGUGCUCUUCAUUUAUAAUGUUAUUUUUUGUCCUUUUCAAUAUCCUUUACAGUGUAUGGAAAACUUUAGACAUUAUAUUGGAUAACUUCUGUUGUGGUAUCUUUUGAUUUUUUAGCACCCUGCUACACAUAAUCAGUUUUCAAGAAAAUUCCUCCUCCAUCUUUUAGUAAAUCCUAACAUUAAUUGUCACAUUUUUAAGUUCUGAUGCCAAAGACAUCACUUUUACUAAGAGUUUAGUUCAAAUUGUUUAAGCCUUUGGUGGUUCAAUGAGAGCUUUUGCAUUUGGUGUGAUAGAGUAGGACUUACAAGAUGUUGAGUCCACUUCCAGGCCACAAAUCUCAAGAAUCGCGCUUGAUGAUGUGUUUUCCAUUACCCUGCAGUUGUUGGUCAGACGGAAAGGAAAGCAGACGAUGUGCAGCAGCCUAUUUUUUUCCAGUCUCUAAUGCAAGAUGAGUCUCCUUUUACAUGCGUGCAGUAAACAGGGUUUAUACGACCCCGAAAAAAGAAAACCGAAAAAAUGCGUUAGGGUGAAGUCACAGAGGGGGCGCUGUUAAGUUAUUUGGUCGUGUUUCCCAGCGGUUUGUGACAUAUUUUGGAUCCAUAUUGAGUUUUCACUUUGGUUUUCUGUGUUAAGAUUUCUCAUUCUUUAUACCUGCACCGUAACCAAUCUCUGUAAAAUACAUAUUUAUUUCAUCCUAUUAUCCUGUGUCGUAGCUCUGUAUGCAAAAUGCCAAGCCAUUUCAUUGAACAUGUCAGUUAACAGAUCUCCUCUCUGAAAGGAUGACUCUAUUUAAAAUCGAGACGGGGCUCAGUGUGAAGUGACUUUAGCUGUUUAGACAUUGAAGGCACAAACUACUCCACACUGCUGUCACAGUCCAGCCAUCUCUGCUCGCCUUGGAUCUUGUAGGAGUCCCAGGUGUUUUUGUGUCUGAGAGCAGAAGCUUUGUGAGGGGAAGAGGCUGGUGCCAAAUGACUCAAACCUAAACACUGCAGAGCACACUUCAUCCCCCCUGUCUCCUGUAGUGUGUCCCUUCCUUCUCUUAUCUCCACCUCCCUCUGUCACAUUGCUGUUUUCCCUCCUUACCAUGUCUCUUUCUCAUACUGUGAAACAGUUCCCUUCCUCCAUCCUAUCCAUGCUUUUUAUCUGUGCUCCUUCAUCUUUUCCUCCUCAUCUCUCCCUCCAGCCCCCUCCUGUCCUGCUGUGAACUAGUUGGGCAGCAGAGAACAGAGAGCCGGAGGACAGAAUGUCAGGAAGUCAGCUCCCAUGAAAGGCAAUGGGUCGCCACCAUGCCUGUAUAAGGCCAGAUGACUGGCCAGAGCUGUGUGUGUCUGCGUCUGUGUCUGUGUGAGUGUGUGUGGGGGUUUUUAUGUUUAUCUACGGACGUUUGAGUAAAUUUACUUACCGCUGUGUGUUCUCUUUGGUUUUGACCAUGUGUGUUUGCGUACAUGCGCUCCCUUGAGUGUGUCAUGUCAGCAUGUGUGUGUAUUUUUGUGUGACUGCAGCCCAGCAGCAGGCUGACGUGUGCCGUGCUGCCACAGGGACCAAAGGGGUCUGCUCUCCCUCAGCUAAUCCAAACAAAGCCCAGGCUGAGCCAGAAUGAGGAAUGUCUGCACUGUUGGUCAGAGACACAAAGGGUCAAGCAGGAUGAGUGUGGAGAGAGAGCUUCAAUGUGUUUGUUUGUCUGCGUGUACAUUUGAGCAAGACACAUAGACCUGCUUUCUGCUUUGUCCUUGCAUCAUCUUCAUGUGUUUGAGGGGUAGACGUGCAUUUGUGUAUGCAGGCUCAGUAUUCUCAGCGCGCACUGGAGUCGAAGCCUCGUGUUAACCGUGCAGGAGCCUCGUGUUGGGCGGGCUAUUCUUAUCCCCAGACUUACCUGAUUGCCAUGUAUAGUCACAGAGAGAUGAUAAAUUCACCCUUGCUGGAACAUAUUCAGUCUGCUGCAGAAUCAGACACAGGGGAGUCGAGUGGUGAGAAAACUCUUCUUCCCUCACCCAUGCAAACACUAAAGGACACACUAUUACAACAUUAAUACAACAAUAUUCCGCAAUGAGAUUUUUCUUCAUAUGUUUAUCUAAGUCCAAGUGCUUCUUCCAUAACACUUAAGUCUGUUGAUAAAAACAACUCAUGUCAUUUCCUGAAAAAGGAAACCUGAUAUAUAUAUUUAUUCCUGUUAGAUUCCUCUUAAAUUUGCUCAACACAUUCCUCUCUAACUCUUUCCUCGGAUUCCUGUUGCAUUUCAAAACUUUUACCGUUGACAGUGGAUCUGCACUUUCUUUGGAUUGACUGGUGAAAUACAGUUGAGGUUUGGAAAAUUGACUGUUUGCUCAGCCAGAUGGAUCAUUAGCUUCUUGUCAUCAGCAAGGCUAUUGGAUGUCAUGGAUUUUCCAGAGAACUAACAGGGCACUGUGAACACACAUGAGGUUUGUAUUAACAGGCAACUUACUCUGGUGAAGAUGGCAAAAAGUGUGACAGCGCACUGCAACUCUGCCUGUAUCCACAUCGGCAAAAUAACCUCUUUUGACAAAGCGAUGUAUUUAAAAACGAAAGAAAAACAACUCAAUUUGGAAAUGUUAAAGGUAGGGUAGGCAGGAUCUGAGAAAGUGACAGUUUUUGGGAGAAAUCUUGAAUGUAAACACUACCCCUCCCAACCAGUUUUCCCCUCAGCUCCUCCUCUCCCCUCCCUCUCUGCUCCAGCAAAACAGACGCUCCUGCUCGCUCAUAUCGUUCCAAUUAAAGUCAGAUAUAAUGCAGAUAAAUCCUUCAGAUAAAUACAAAUGGGGCUCAGUCAACGUGAAAGUAAAAAGCAUUGAUGCUUCUGUAGAUGCCAACAGACUACCAACAAACACAACGUUUGCAGGACUUCCACAACUAGGAUAAAGUGACACACUCCAGGACCCGAGGUAAACAGUUUAGCAGCGCUACAACACGCAGCAGUUCCCGUUUGACAAGAAACACUUCUGUUACAGACACUUGGCUUACUUUGUUUGUUACUUGUCCAACAGGAAGGUUACAGGGUCCUUAAGAUCCCUCAUGGUCACCCAUCGUUUAUGCUGAUGUUGACCCAGCUUUUUAGCUUUUGUACAAUCUACCUCAGUUUUAAGCACCCAUUAUUCCGCCAGAGUCUCCGGUAUUUACUUCAUUUUAUCGCUUGUGUUUUCCGUUUCAACUGUCAAAUAGCUUUUGACUGAUAUUAAAAGUUUUUUUGUACAUACACCAAAAAAAAAGAUGCUUCCUUAACCGAAUCCUGCCUACCUGACCUUUAAGCAAUGUAUUUAAAAAGGAAAGAAAAACAUCACAGAGUGAAAAUAUGAAAUUUGAAUAAUGAUGUUGAGAUUGAUUUUAUAGCUGUUCACCUCCAAAGAACUGCUUCCCCAUGUCCUGUUUGUGAGCAAACACAAAGGAGCUCACUUUACUGCAGUGUGCCUGCAGCACCGCUGUGGUCAAGAGGCUAUUGUUUAGCCAGUAGUCUGGCUCAAGUGGAGACACCCAUCACACACAUUAGUGUCACUGUGGUCAAAUGAGAGAAAGAGGUUGGCUGGGGGUUUGGCAUGUGAUACGAUACAGUGUGUGUACGUGCGCACGAUGAGGGUUCGGAGCCAGGGGAUUACAAGACAAUGGCAAGAUAACAAUGAAGACACAAUCCCUCUCUCUCUCAUCCCGUUCAUAUCUUGUUUUGUUUGUUUACUUUUUGUUUUUUUGUUUUGAAACCGUUAAAUGGAUUAGUUCGCUGUUCGGUUAUGAAUUGUGAAAGAGAUGGUUGUCACAGAUGUCAGUCUUCUUUUAAUUUUGGCUCAUAAUGUCACUCGUGCCCUUUUGGUAUUGUCAAGCUAUACACUGUAUGUGUGUACAUGCGUGUGUGUUUGUGUGUGAGAAAGAGGAGCAAAGGAGCAAAUGUGUGUGUCUCUGAUUAGUCUGCAUGUGUCCCCAGAGCCCUUCAGCCAUGGACUUAAGAGCAGCUGUGACUGGUUUGACCCCUGACCUCUGAAUAUUUUACUCCCAGGGUACAUCCUAGGAUACUGCCUUUGCUUUUGCAGGCUGAUAUUUUGUCUUGUCUGCAUUGGGGACAAAGUGCAUCAUGUAUAUUUGCUAUUUAUAGAGGCAGCUGUGGCUCAAACGUAGAAUCAGUGAUCUCUCAAUCUGGGUACCUGUGUUCACCGGAGUGUUGUUAGGAAAGAUCCAGAUAUAAGAAGCGGAGAAAUAAUUAAUACUUAUUGAAAUUUAGCAUAAAAUCUGCUGCUGCCAGUGUGUGAAUUUGAUGUGAAUGUGGGAAUGUGGGGUGUAAAAACAUUCUGAGUGGUCAGAGAGACUAGAAAAGUGCCUUAUAAGAAUAAUCCAUUUACCAUUCUUUAUUGUCCCAUACACUAUUAUUUGUCUUGCUCCCCUGAAACACUGUGGGACUCUAGGUAUAAAACUUUGCAAUCCAUCAGCGGCUCUGGAGAAAGACUUUUAUGUGUGUUGAAUAAUGAAAACAGUUUUUGUUUUGGCACUGAAAAAUAAACUUUUACCUUCUGUGCACUUUCUUUCACACUUCAUUGUGUAGAUUCUUGGCAGUAAUGAAACAAUGCAGCAGCGGAGCAGUCCAUUUACGGUGGGGAUCGCUCCAUUUGCAAUGGCACAUUUUCAAACACUUUAACUAUUUGGCGCGGGGUCUUGCGCACCGUGCCAUAGCUCGGUCCCCAAACUGGAACUAGUUAGAAUACGAUGAUGUGUAUAAUAUGUAAACCUCCUCUCGUCCAUCUGUAGCUCCCAGCCACAAAGUUACACUGCCAUUUCACAAGCAGGCCAAUUAAAAGCCAGUGACAUUCAGGUACGGGAGACAGAGUGACAUUAAAACUAAUUCCUGCUAAAACCCAGUGACAUUACAGCAACUGUCGCCCAAGUGGAGUGCAGGCAUUCACUGACCAUUUUUAAUCUACUGCGUUCUUUAGUGAAGAAUGCAGUACUUUGUAGGGAAAUUGCCGUCGGCACUCUAUGCAGCCCUUCAAAUGUCAUUAGGCAUUUUUCUCUGAGCUUUUAGCGGUUGAGAUGAUCUACGUAUACUGUACAGUGUAGCUGCGGGGAUUGAAAGGGAGGGCCGCAGCCUCCCUCUACCCGUGAUCAGAAUCUAAAUCACCUUUAUUACUGAAGACAUUAACAUGUUGGAUGCAUUUGUGAUCCUAACACUUUCUGCAUACACAAUCUGAACCGGCACCUGGUUAUGCUACUUUUAACCUCAUUACUUACUGAUAUGCAUGCUGCGCUUGAGUUAAGGGAAUUGUUACUGUGGUGACGGGAAUACAUUAACUAUUCAGAAUAGAUCUGCUAUGAGAAAAGGGAGAAAAAGGGGAGUCCCCCCCCCCACCUAUUCUGCCGUCCUAUCCUCGCUCUCGUGCUCAUGCAGAUGUUAUUCCCACCCCUCCUCCGUUUUGCAUUAGUGUGAGAUAGGAGCAAGGCCGUACUAAAGGACAUCUCAGGGACGAAGGACAUCGGGGUUUGAAGGUCGUACCAUGGAGUCGGUAGCACAUUGCUUAGGGCAGCAUUACUCCCUCACUCAAUUGUGCAUGCAUGUGUGUGUGUGUUUAUGAAUCUGCUAGGUGUGCAUUCAGGUCGUGUGAGAGCGUGUGUAAGAUGUCUCUUUGUGUGUGUUUGCACAAAUUAAUUAGGUAUGGAUGUUGUAUUCAGUGAGUUUAUGGGAAGAGAAGAGGACAUUCUGUAUAUUCACUGGAUAUGCGCUUGCCCUCAAAGACCUCGCUCCAGGCUAAACUCCUCUGCUCAUUAAAGCAUACAGGAGAAGUCUUAUUCCCCAUCACUCCCGCACAGAGAGUCCUAAUCAGCAUACGGAGCAGCCCUGAUAGCACUGCUUACACACCAAAUGAACAUCUGCAUUUGUCCAGUCCAGCAGAUCACACUCUAGUGCGCUUAUAUCCAAGUAGGAUAUGCGGACACACCCAGUGUAAGGUGAUGAGUAUGGACAUAAGCGUGAUCUCAGGUUAAACAGAAACCCAGUUCUCCCACACUGACCUCCUCUAUCUCCUAUUAGCCGGGCUUUUCAUGCAGAGCCACAAGUGUCACAUCACAUCACUGGGAGGCAUCACUAAUAGAAAUAUUCAUAUGGAGAGGAUGAGAGAGAAAAGGCUUUUUUUUUCACUCCCUUUCUCUCAUUUUCCCCUCAGCAAACAGAUUAGUACCUAAUCCGCCCGGGAUGAGGGGAGAUAAAUUGUUCCUGAUUGGCUACAUUGGGAUAAAUAAACACAUGUCUGUUGCAAAUGGAUCCACACUGCAGCCGGCAAUUUUUAUCAAGCUAUUUUCUCUCAUGUUCAGUUAAAAAAUUGUUCUUUCUUAGAGAAAAUUGAAUUCUGCCAGUGGGAUAACACCGCUUGUUUUACAAUGCAGCUGCUUUUAGCCGAGGAAUUUCCUCUGUGCACUCUAAUACAGAGGAAAAGUAAAAGCUCCGAGCUAACAGAAAUCUUCUGGAAGGAAAUUUGCGAUGCAGGAUGCAAUUUUAGUUUCCUCAUUCUGUGCAACAUUAGAUUUCUAUUAAUCCUUAUCUUUAAAUCCUUGUUUCAGUAUCUGUUUAGGUUUUCAAGUAAGCCGUAUAGUUCAGACCGGACACCAGCAGCUUCGGUUAUCCUCUUUGAUUUUUCUCUUGAUGAUUUUCAGUGGCCUUGGAUUUAACUAGAGUGCAACGCCACUUUGAUCUAAGCUGGAAUCUUUUAACAUAAACCCAGAUACCUCUUCACUUGGAAUUAGCAGGCAGGGAUGUAGUGGGCCAGCAUGUGGCACAUAGGAGCAAGGCUGACUUGUCUGUUCAGUUUCUUCUCCUGGACUCAGGAGAGAACAUUUUCAUCGUGCUGGCAUUGGUCCAGCCAUGCAUGGCACAGACAUUACGUACUCUUGGCUGAGCAGGCGCCACGCGGGGACAGAAAGUGUGCUGUUACAGCAAUAACUCUUUGUGUGUGUGUGUGUGUGUGUAUGUGUGUGUUUCUUUAUGAGGUGUGAUGUACAGCUAGCCAGAGAGAUAAGAGAGAUGUAAGAUAGAUGACGGCGUUGUUGAUGAUAAUGAUGGUGAUGGGGCAGGGGAGCUGGUGCUUGCAGUAACCUCUCUACCUUUCAGCUCUUGAGACAGGAUGCAGAAUGUGUUUUAAAACCCAUAGACAGAGCAAUUCACCCAAGAGAUCACUUUGAGGGGAUGUUGUGUGGCAAAACGGAACAUUUCCUCUGGAGCAAGGAAUCACAUCCAGGCAGGGAAGUUGUCUUUUUUUAACACUCUCCCUCAAAGGCUCCCAGGUAAGCCAGCGGGAUUAGCACUUUUUCAUUUUAUUUAAUCAUGCGUGAAAGCUUCACCGCUAAUCUUGGAUAUUGUCAAGUAAGAUUUGAUGUCCACACCUGCUUCCUUUAGCCUUGCUGUAAGAGAGAUUUUCCCAAUUUUAGCUCAGGGAUAACUUGGCGUAACAUCCCAGCCGUUCCAUCAUAAUAAGUUCUGCUACAAUAACGCUAAAGCUUUUGAUAAAUGCAACAUCCCAGAGCCCUCUACCCCGACCAGAAGUUUACAUCUGUUGCUUUUUGUUCAUGUGAGAAAAGAGUCAGACUAUUUAUAAGUCACCUGAUGUUGGUCAAGUAGAUAACAAUAUCCAGCACUAGUAUUUCCACAGAAAGUGUUACACUGAGAAUAGGGCUGGGCAAAACGAAAUUUACGACAAAGACCAACGUCAUUGUGCCCAUAUCGGUAUAUUCAGCAUCAAAACAAUAAAUAAAUCGAAGUUGGUUUUGGAUGUGUGUAGGUAGGCUAUGGUCUCAUGUCCCUUUAAGACGCUGUCCUACGUCGGAGAUGUGACUCCACCCCAUCCAGUCCGUAACAAAGAGGGAAAGACAGGUGAGGAGAUGGAGGACGGUCCAAAAGUUGUAGCAGCUGGAGCGUUGGCUGAAGUAGACAAAGUUAAUGUAGGAGGGGGUGAGCAGCUUGUGGAGUAGUUAUCGUCCAUUUAUCAUUAUCAAGGUGAACUGCUCAAUAUAUCGUGAUAUUGAUUCGAGGCCAUAUAACCCAACCCUAACUGAGACUCUGAAAUCAACUAGCUUAGCAAUGUAUGGGCGUAUACACUUGCAAUGGUAGAUGUAAAUAUUUUAAAUCGAAUUUGCCAGCUCACGAAUUACAGAGAGAGAAGUAUCUGAAACACAGCAAAACUUUACCAUUCUAUUGAUUUUUUCUUUGUGUGGGUUAAAUGGUGGAGAAGGCGUAGGGUAAAAGAAUUGCUUCCUCCAGCGAGCAGAAGGUUCUCAGUGGCACGCCGCAUAAACCUUCCACUGGUCAGAGGCUGUUUUUAACCUCAGCGUGGGAUCCAAAAUGUCAAAAAGCUGAACGUCUUUCAUUAAUCUCACGACAAAAGCUCCUUGCAUCAGCACAACCUGCAGAGUGCCGGCAGAGUUAGAGUAAUAUCCCAAACUUUCAGAACAGGAAAGAAAAAAUAAAAAAUCGCCUGGCUGGGCUGCUCCCACCUUUCUUACAUCACACUGACUACACUGUUUUUCUCUUGCACCUUGUUCUUUUUUUAAUUAGGAGGGAAAUACUGCCCGAGGACUGAUGCAUAAGGGACAAAGCACUUAGCAUGUCUGGCCCUAACCGAGAUUCUACAUCCUGGUUCCUAAAAUAAAUCCAUUUAUUGCUCCCUCCUGGGUAUGCUUUCUCAUGCCUAAAAGGAGCACGAUGUUGAUUAUAGCUUUAGCUGCCACACUCUGUAGACUACCCAAGCUUAAGCUGUGUGGCCAAAUUUAAAUGAAAGGACUGUGGGACAUGAAUUUGCAUAAUACACACAUGGAGAAAAAAGAGGGAGCCCGAAGGUAGAGCCUGAGAUGAAAUGACUGCUCUUUCUGUGAAGCAAAAAUUAAAGUCCCUUCUCCUCUAAACAAAAAAUGAAAAAUAAAUAAUCCCCAGCCCCACAUAAAGAUGCUAUCAUCUGUUAAAUUAUUGCUUCAUCCCAAUGACAUAUCCUCAGAUACACCUCAUACACAUUCAUCCUAAUGUUUAAUUCCCUUGAAAGUUGAGCACGGGGCAUGUUUUCCUUUCUCCCCGCUUCCUUUCUCUCCAUCUCCCUGUGGCGAUGUCACAGGGGAUUAAGUCACCGAGGCCGAGGGACUUGUUUAUGAUUCAUCUGGAGGGAGGCUGCAGCCGGUAGCAGUGCCCACAGGGCAGGCGGCUAGCAGGCUUCUUCCUCCGCUUCCUCGCUCUCCUGUAUGCUAACAGGACGCCCGCUGAACACCCAAAGUGUCUAAUGGAACUCGUAGAGACAACAUGGAGGGAAAAUUCUUGUAAAGCGGGAUUACACACUUCAGGAUGACGUAGAUCCUGCACCAUGGUGUGAUAUUGAAAUUUUAUGAGGAUGCUAUUUUGGAGAGGAGAUGGAGCAUAAAUUAAUCAGUGUUGAAGUGCGAUUGUGCUUAUGGUAGACAGUAUUUAAGGUCAUAUUUUGAUUAUCAUUUCACCAUUGAAUCAUAUGGCAAUAAUGAUAAAUUCAUGUGUUUUUGAGUGUUCCUCCACAGAGCCUCCCAGACACUGAGAACUUCCCACAGCAUGUCAACCACUUUAUGAAGUAUAAAUCAGAGGGAAAAUAAUGAUGUGAAAUUGAUUUUAUAAGACAUGAUGUAAAGCAAUGACAUAUUUGUUGUACCCCUAUUUUUGAGGGGAAUAUUUUCACCUUUCAUCAUGUCAGACUAGGACACCUAUAGAGUAGCUUUGCAUGAGCUGCAGCCUUAAGUACUCCUCAUCAUCUUAUACUGAUAUCCAUAAAAACUCUCAUUUCUGCACCGUUCACCCUCUGCCCAAAAUGCUUUGUUCUGGCUGCUUCUGCAUUAAUACAGAAUUUUACACAGUGGGUGUUACUUUAUACACAGCUUUGAAACCAGGAAACUAUCACAUAAUAUGCAAGAAUAGAGGUUAUGCUUCUAUCAGGAUGUGACGCAGAACAGCUGCACCGAUGAAAGCUAUGCUUAACUACACACAUGCAGUUCGUUUACUAAACUCCUCUCACACUCAGCACCUACAGCACCUACUGAAUUGCUUGUGCACUUUGUAAAUAUUUCUCUUAUACUUCUAUACGUCUACUCUGCCCUCACUAUAUGUCGGCUCUAUGUAGCAUGACAGAUAACUAACAAUAGAUAAUAAAAAGAAAACUCAGAAGUCUUGAUUCGGAUUAUUUGUUCUUUUGUUCUUCUUUUUCCUCAGAUUUUUUUUGCCAGCUUUCUUCCGAUUAGUCUUUUUUGUAAGACUGAAAUUACAAAUAAAAAAGAAACAUUACAAAAUGUAACGUCUGCAGUCCCUUGAAAACAACAAAUAUAAAGUAAGACACUUUCAUAUAUAUAAACCAAUAGAUGUACAUGAACCUGUAUGAGGUAAAGCGCCACGCCCCUCUGCUGGGCAGAUUAAAUGCUAUGUCGGCAGAACAAAAACGCGAUGACCCCGAGUUUAACCCAUAAAAUUGAUGGUCAGAAACGUGAUAUACCGUACAACAUAAAGUAAAUGGAUACAUGGUAAAUUGACAAUAAUGCUGUAGUGUUUUAACUUGGACAGAUUUUACCUGGGGCUGUACAGAAGCAGAUGUGCAUUUUGUGAUUUUUGUGUUGAAAUGGCCAGAGUCGGUCCGUCUCUCAAAACGGUCCAACUAGGAACUUACUCAAAAACGCUCGAAGGCGGAACAACGUCCUUAAUAUUAUUUGUAUCCUUAUUUUAUUGUACUCUCAGUACUUAUUGCGUGUUUUAGCUGCACUCCUUUGAGUCGAGCGGUCCUCUCAUCCAGGGCAUUUCAUUGCACUGUUGACCUUGAUUAACACACACAUGACAAACAAAUCUUGAAAAAUCUUACAGAAAACAUCUGAAAUUAGCAGUUAGCCCCACAUGUUUGUUCCCUUUUUAGCAACAUUUGCAUACGCUAGCUAUUAUUACAUUACCUGCUGCUAUAGGUGUCAGUGCCAGUUGAGACACAAAACCAGCUUGCACGACCCUUUGUUGACAAAGGAGUUCCAAGUGAAGUGGCUGGCGGAUGCCCAAAACACUUAACAGGCAACUUUCGAAGACAAAUUGAAUCAACAAAGUAUAGAGCAGAGGAAGAAGCUGGUUAGAGAUGCAAACUUUCUGGCCAUCAUAAGGAAAGUGGGAUUUUCCUGUAGCAUUGUCUUAAUAGGAUGGUGCAACAUAGCAUCAGGUUAGGGCCAUGUCUUGAAAUGAGAAUGAAAAUAUCCACCAUUAUAACAUCACGUGCAUAUAUUAACUUUGGAUUGACAUAAUAUGUCACCUUCAAAUUUAAAAGUUUCUGUACUUUUUGAGUGAACUACCUACAUCUAAAGUUUCUUUUGCCACUUUGAUGGUAUUUGAGUCUCUUUCAACCUCGUCAGAGCUAACAGUACAUUAGGUUUUUAAUGACCUGUUGGAGUUGAUUAAGUGCAACAGUGUGCGUGUGCAUUGUGGUGAGGCAUGCUUUUAUGAAGGCGUCUCACAGUAGGUAAAACACAGAGGGUGUUAGAGGUUAGUUUGAAGCAUAUGUUCAACCACAGAACAGGCUAAUCUCAUGCCAGGUUUUUUUUUUUUGAGUCUCCCAUUAUAACCAGUCUUCUUUAGUCGUCAUAAUGGCUUGUUAUUAGUGACAAACUAGCCUUGAACAUUGUAAUUCACCAUCACAGCUCAGGUGUCAGGGGAACUAGCGGCUGAUCAGAGGGACUUACUGUCUUCUUUUAAUUGCUCUUUUAAUUAACUCCUGUCUAGCCGUGGUCUUGUCAGAGUAUGCCCGAGCAUGCCAUUUAGCAAAAGGUAAUGAGAUUAACCUCUCGUUGACCAAGCAAAUGUAGAUUAAACAUUACGGCCAAAUGAAAUAAGCUGGGUUUUGUUUACUCAUGUGUACAGGCAGGCGGCAGGCAGGCGAGCCACAACUCUCCCAGCGGUAACAUAGCUAAAAUGUCAGGGGGGGAUAGAGAAGAGAGUGUUUGGCAUUGAGUGGCGAGUGUGGCCGACCAGCUGCAUGGGGAAGGGGAAGGGAGAGCGGCUAGCACUGGAAAAAAGUACGGAAUUCUCCCACUUUGUCUCACUAUCUCAGGAGAGGUGACUGCAGACAGUCGAUGAAAAGCAGCUGCUAAUCAGUCAGUCGCACUCACACAUGUGCUAAGCGUCGCAAAAAAACACAGACACACAUACAUACAGCGCUCUAAAUCUCUCUCCUAUCCUUCUCUUUGGCUCUCUCGCUGUCACACCGAACAUAUUCACUCAGAGAGAACGCAAAUGACACCCUCUUCCUCUUUCCACACACAUGCAUACAAUGACAUGACCUCCAGCACCCUCGUUGAGUGAGCACACUAACUGAUCAAGGCAGGAGAAAACAACACGUGGCAUGUUAAGCUGAGUUUUUUUUCCCUAUCCUUUCAGUCCCAGUAAAUUCUUAUCCAAAGUUUCCUGUAUUGCUCAACACUGACUGUAAUGUCUGUGGACACUAGCAUGAGCAUUAUGCCUCAGAGAUCUUGAAAACAGAGUCAUAUCCUCUAAGUAUUAAGGAUUUAUCCCUGACAUGCAGGAUGCACCCUGAUACUACACACGACUACACACUGGACCGUUUUAAAGGCCACUUGAUGCACAAUAAGAUCCGUAAUGGUCUAAGAAAACAUGGUGCUAUCUCAGAAAAGCAUUACUUAAUAAAGUCUUAUUCUAAGAGGUUUCUUGGCAUCAAAAUAGGCCAGACAAUGUAAAUAUAAGAAAAAACUAAAGGUUAUGUAUCUAUAAUUCAAACAUGCAAUCAUUUCUUGGACCACAUAUAGAUAUUCGAGCCAGUGCUCAUACAGUAUCAGGGUUUUGUUUUUACAAUGAUCCAUAUCUCUAUCCAAGAAAUGUCUGACACUUAUCAUUUUUUGCUGCACGAUUCUUGCAGUUUGGCCUCAUUUUUUUGGCACAUCAGUUAACAGAUUCCACCCCAAUGGCCUACUUUUUUUACCUCCUCAGCUUCUGUACCCCCCACAAAACAGCACAAUGCAAAGUGACAGAUUCCUCCUUGUGCUGAGGCAGAAUCAUAUUUUAUUAAACUCAUCUUCAAAUAAGAGGAUUUCAUCUCCCGGAAUUAAGUCACCGACUGCUUUGUAUUGGAAGCUUCUAUUAGGGCGGUGUGUGCAAAUUGCGAAAGCUUUAGUUUCGACCUCCGCCCUGUUUCCUCCUCGUCCAAAGUGUCACUGGGAGCGAGUGUCCUUCUCCGAGCUGGAAUAAGCUGCCUGGGCCCAGUCUGUGCUGCACCUUGUUUUAAUCAGGCUUUGGGGAGUGAAAUAUGGGCCUGUGGAGCAGGCUGUACCCGAGCUCCAUUCAUCUGGUUUCAAUCUUCUCUUCGCCCCCGGAUGUGGCCGCGUGGGCAUUCCUUUUCUAGACAUUUGGGGGAGGGUGAGAAGAAGUGGUGCUGAGCAGCUCAAAGGGCAGGCAUAUUAGUUUGGAGGAGUUUGCAUUCAUGUGUGUUUUUUAUAUCACUUUUACAAGCCUGCAGUGGUUAGACAAGUUCUUACUGAGUUUUCUAGACACUAAGGCUUAUGUAGUAUGCUUGUCUCAUGGAAAAAGACCAUCAGUAUAACAUACAAUUUAUUAUUUACUCUGUUUUGGCAAAUCAUUGAAGUGGUUUUUGCUUUAUUUUUUUAGAUCAAUAUCACUGCAUUUCAGGCUUGUGCUGUAUGGAAUAUAUAAGCGUAAUUUAAUGCAGCCCAAUAGUAGUGUUGGACGGUAUGACGUAUAUACCGUGUGAUGGUAUGAAAGUGUCUACCGGUAGAAAUGUUGGUAUACCGUUUAUACUGGAGAGAGAGAGCAGAUGUCUGCAGCAUCUCUCUGAUUCAGUGAGUAGUUGUCUGCACUUGCUAACAGGAAACCCAGAGCUCAUCUGUUUGGAUGCAUUUCCUUAUGUUCACCAGCAUGUUGUGCGGAGUUUGUUCGCUCCGUUUGAUUGGUCAGGUUUGGGUGUGCUCCCUAUAAUCACCAGCAUGUCCAGCAGACUGCUUGGCAUAGUUUCGACGAAGAAGAAACAGCUUUACUGGUAAUGGUCAUGGCGGACACAGAGAUUAGUGGCAGUACCGAGCAAACCAAGGCAGCCCAAUCCACCCCACACGAGGAGGAGGAACUUGUUCCGGAAAAGGGUGCGAGUCACGACAUCAGUUGUCUGUAGAUUCUUUGGAUUUAGAAAAUUUGACAAUGAUCAAAAAACAAUACUAUGCAAAGAGUGUUGCAUGGCUGUCGUUGCUGGAGGUGGAAACACCAGCAACCUCUUUCACCACCUAAAGAUGAAACACGCCAAGCUCUAUUAUGAGAGCCAACAGGUGCGUGGCGCACCCAGUGUAUCAAAAACUAAAGUUGUAGCAGCUCCUCUCAUACAAAAGAGCUUGGCAGAGUCUUUCACCAAGGGUAUGCUAUAUGAUGAAAAAAUGGCCAGACUGGUCUGUCAUUUUGUUUGCAUUUGUAUAAAAAUCUGAGUUUAUAAAUAAAAGGAAAAUGAACAAAUGUGACAGGACGGUUAUUAUUAAGCCAUUAACUGAAUUUACAGGGGGGAAAAACAUACCGUGAUAUAUACCAUUACUGUGUUGUGAAAUUACUCAUACCGUGAUGUAAGAUUUUACUCAUAAUGCCCAACACUACCCUAUAGCAAACAGCAACCUCUGCACUGUUGUUGUGUUGCAUUUAUGUGUGUGGCUGCAGCAGGUGAUUAAGGUUAGUGUUCUGCAUUAAUUGGCUUAGCUAAUCAAAAGGACAGAUGGUAGGUUAGUCCAUUAGCUCGCCUAAAUGAGCCUAAGUGAGGCCUUUUCCUGGACGCCUUGCAGCCCCUGUUGACCUCCCUGGCCAUUGUGCAGCCACCACUCUGCCUCUGUCAGCUGCCUCAGCAGUCAACACCUUUCAUGCUGCUGCCAAAACAGACGUGGCAUCUGCUCACCUCUGGGGAAAAGGCAGCCAUCGCCAUGUCCUUCCUAGUCACGGGCCCGUACAGAUAGGUUACCUCUUUGUCCUUUGCAGCUGCAGCUACUUGAGCAGCGGUAACAAUAUCAUCCCCUCAUUUGUGUGCGAGGCGAUCCCGGCUUUGUUAUUUUCCGCCUUACUGAUCAGGUAAAAUUAUAUGUCAGAUGCAUACCAUAAGACUGGCGACAGCUCUAAUAUGUCAUUGACACGGUGUACUAGUGCUGGGCGGAUGGAGAAGGGGAGUUAGCCUCCCGUCUGUUUUCAAUUAGCUCAUGAAAUGUACAACAUGGGAACUGCUCUGUUGCAUUCAGUUCCUAUUCGCAUGUGGAUCCAGCAAAGUAAAUAAGUAGAGAGAGUGUGGCUGUGUCUAACCCCAUGUGAACCUUGUCAAAUACUUGCAGUGACCUAAAUAAUGGAAUUAGAUUUAUGUGUGCAAAAAGGCAAGGGGGAAGAAAGAGAGGGAUGUGAGGAGUGUCCAGACUCCAAACAGUCUCUUGACUAUGAGCUCCAAAAUGUACUGCUUACAUAGCCAGAUUUGGGUUAUCUUACAGUGCCUCUAAAGCUGGGCUUUAGUGCUGCUCCAAAUAUAGCACCAGCUCUAGGCUUGUUUCCCUCACAUUUCUCUUGUUUGCCACGUGCAGCCCAACUUAACCAUAUAGCCCACUGUGGCUUUUAUUGUUUCCCACUACUUAUUAACUGCUUCUUUGAAACACCAUUGGAGUAUUGAAUUGCAUUUAAUAAAAGUCAAGAGUCCAGUACUUUAUAGUGCAUGAGGCAGAUAGUAUUUGAAGUUUUCAUCGGUCUCACACUAUUGUGUAGCAUCCAUCAUCAGGAAGAGCCGAGGCAGCGAUACAUUCCACUUCCUGUGGUCAUACACCUAGUCAGCUCUAUUUUCAACCUAAUGGACAUAAAAAAUUGCAGAUUGCAGCAAAAUGGACUUGGCAGCACAAAAGCUUAUUAAGUAUUGAUCCGCUGAGGUCAGUGCCCAUGUCCAGCCACUCCAACAAUGUGAGAGGAGUUCGUUCGUAUGCUUGCCAGCCACAAAUUGAGAUUAGACCACAUAAAUAACAGGGGGAAAUCGAGGAGCAGUUUGUAUCCUGGAGAGACGGAGAACAGUGCUCAUGUUUGCAUGAUGGGCUGAAAAAAGCAGCAGGUGAAAAAAAGCUGUUUAUAUGUGCACUGUGGGCAUUGUGGCUGUUAGUAUCAUGGCUAGCCCAUCUGUGCAAAAUCUAGCAGUGCUUACUGUAGCUGAUAUGAUAUCAUCCCAUACCAAUGCCCAACAGCAAAGCCGUAAGAUAAUCAGCAGCAGGUGAACCUGUCUCCUGUGCUGUUUUAAUGAAAACAGACCAUUGUGUCUCUCCGCUGCACCAUCUGUCAGGCAUGCAGGGUAAAAUGAGGCUUAAACGAAGCAAAGUUCAGCCUUUGACUGAAGAGUCUCAACUAUGGUGUGUGCGUGUGUGUGUGUGUACCUUACCUGGAAAUCUCAGUUUUGGAUUUUUCCCUCUCUUUUAUGCAAAUCCUUGCCAAUGAAAAUAUCGUAAUGCCAAACAGACCAAGAAAUAAGCUCAGCCGUAGGAAAGAAGUUUGUUGAAAAAGGGAGAAAUCUGUAAAGUGUUUUCAAGAGGAAGGAAGGGAGGGACAGUUCAGUGUGAAGGAAACUAAAUUUAAUUCCUCUCAAAGCAAAUAUAAUUUCUCCAGAUGGAUUCAGAUUUGUUUUCUUUGCUCUGCCCAAAUUGCUAACUUAUACCACUGUAAAACCAGGCGAUCACUUUCUCUUCUUUCUUAGUAAAACUCGGUUUUGCAAAAUCAGAAGUGCUUCAACUUGGACUGAAACACUCCUUGUGUAUGUAUCAAUAGAUCAGAUGGUUCAGGGUGUCCUCUAUUAAAAAUGUAAGACCACUCUUAUAUAGUUUAGUCCUUGAGCAAGUGCUGCAAUGUGCCCUUGCAAAAACAUACAUAAACACAGAGAUUUAUCGAGUCUAUAAGAUGUUGAUUCUCUCUUAUUUCUACUGCGAGCAUCUCUGUAGUCCAAGGUUUGGAGACGGUCAUGCAGAACAAAGUGAGUGUGCGCACAUGCUGGUCUGUUUAGACUUUGCCAGAUGUUGGGAGGAUCUGUUGCUGCAGCAAAAUAGAGAGGUCAGUGUCCAAGCCCUACUUAACUGAAGCGUGUUAUCUGGUGCAAAACAGACCAUUUGACAUUUGAACCCUGUUCAGUCAGAAGACAUUAAGGAGAGGAAAAAAAACGUCUCAAAUGUUUUAUUUUUUAAGCUGAAUUUAACCCUGUAAUAUUUCAAGCUUCUAGAGAUUUUUCUUUAAGUCAAGCUGAAGUCAGCAAGACGCAUUACUGUAAUUAACAUUUGCAAAAAGGUCCAUCCAUUUUUGACAUGAUGAAUUGGUUUUUAAUUUAAAGAAAAAAAUACUUCCAGCCAAUGAUAGUCUCCUUUUCUGAACUUUAGACAAGUUUUCUGCUUGUCACUGUUUCCACUUGGUUACGUGUCAAGCUGUAGUUAGAAAAUCCUUGCAGGAUGGAAAGUAUUACAAGUCAAACUGUCUAAUUAUGUUCAUCAUCCCAGUGUUUUCUGUCACCCUGUAUAUAUUUUACAUUUUGGAGUAUAAGUAUAAAUAAGCCAUCACAAAUCCAACAGGAUGAACUUCUGCAAAGAUUAUACACUUUAACCUCCUCUGCACAACUUAAAGUGUGCAAGUUCGUGAAUAACUUAUAGCCAAAUUGUUGCUGUUUUUGAGAAAACCAAUGUUCCCUGGAUCAUUUCAGGCAUAAAUCAGAAGAUUUAUGGGGUAGCCAACCCUUCUUGAACAGCUACACCCAUGAGUAUGGGUGAUGCCACCAGAUGCAGCCUGAUACGAUGUGUAUAGCAUUGUAAGCAGGUUUUACUGACUUUCCUUCCCUUGGGGAUUGGUGUAAUUAGCUUUUCUCCAUCUCCUCCCUUCUUCCUUAUUUUGCGAAGGGAAAAUGCUUAAUACUUUGGGGGAAUUAAAAGUGCUUGUCGUGAAACUAAUUUUGGAUCUAUUUUGGGGAUCUGUCAGCGGGAUGGCAUCCUUAUUGCUCGACUUGACAGCAUUGACGAGGCCAUGAAAGGGAUGCUAAUGAUUGCAAUAGGCGAUGCACGAGGUGAGCGGUUACCACAGGGCCUUACAUUAUUCAGACCUUAGUGGUAUUUCAUCUUCCUCCUCCCAUUCCCACCGGUCCUUCCCCUUCUCCCACUUCUGCCUCGGUUCAAGGGAGUAAGGUGGAAACGAUUCCAUCCCUCUUUUCCUUCUGAAACCCACCCAUUAAAGCUGCAGCCAGACUUCUUAGAAACCUCUCAUCAAAGAUGAACAAGCUCAGGGUGCCCCUCACUUUUAGAUGUUUCCAUCACAGGCUGCAGAUGACUUAGUCAUGUCGAAGUCCUCAUGAUGCGCCAAAUACUGAAGACAGGGUGAAACUAAAUGGCAUCACACCGGUAUGUGAUGAUCGCCUUCAAAAGUCAGUGCAGUUUUUCAGCAGAUCUAUAGGUAAGAUGAAAGUCAUUGUUUAUUUUCUUCACCAGUAAUCAAAAAGCUGCAAAUCCUUGAGAGGAUCUUAUUAGAGCAGCCUGCGAAUAAGAAAUAAGGAUACCUGUAUUAGAAGUGCCAAAUGCCUGUUUUCUGAUCUUUUUUUAGACAUUCCUGAAUGUACACAUUUAUUAUGGCUAAAAAAACGCUGUCAUUGAAAUUGUUUUAUUUUAACACUCUGAGAGACUGUUGGUUAAGAAGUCCACACUUGUCUCCUAGACAUAAACAAGCACUAAGUCAAGCAGAACAAAACUGUUUGCUCAAUUGAGUGUUUGUCAGGUAGCUGUGGCGUUAGCAGUGGUGCAACUUGUGUGCAUGUUUACAUUCUACAGUCAUUUGACACAGAUACAGACACUACAUGUCCAGCAGUCAGUUCUCUAAGAGUUUAAAGUAACAUAAUGAAUGUUUAUCAUAUAUAAUCUUGGAUAUUGAGGAAAGGCUGACAGCAUGACAUCUUUUAGGUUAUAUGAUUGGCAUUCCACACCUUACUAUUUGCGCAUUUGCGCAUUGCAAGUCUAGGUAUUGAACCUUCUAUAACUAUAUGAAAACAACUGGUUUGUAAUGCCUGUUAAGUGGUCUAAUCCCAAAAACUUAUCCUAAAUGGUUAUUGGUAGAAACUUGCAGACCAACAUCAGAAUCAACAAAAGUACCGAGUUGGUGCUGCUUCAGCACUAUAACGGAUUCUAAAUAUGUUAUAUAAUGAAGACAAUUUCAACUAAUAUCUCAAAGUGCUCCCUAAAUAAAUUUCACACACUGCUUUUAAGAGUUGUAACAAUUGCAAGUUGAGUUAAGACACGGUUAUCGUAUUUUUCAACGGAAAAAAGACGUACAUUCAGACACCAAGCAAGCGCUUAUUAGCAUCUAGCUCGUAUUUGUUCCUUACUCAUUUUACUUCUACUAUGCACCUUGUUUAAAAUGCCAACAAAACCUGUGUGUCAGCAGAAGGGAGCGCUGGUCGCUGGGUGUGAGGCAAGGGGGAUUAUGGGAUUUUAUCCCUUCAAAGAGUCAGCCUCCAGUAAAGGGGGAAAAUACAGCCCCCUUUGAUUUUCACAGAAGCAAUAUAUUCAUGAGUUGGACCUUGAAACUACAAGGAGACUAGUGUAGUGUUCCAUAUGCAAAACAUGUGUUUUGAUAGUGCUUGAUAACUUGGUACAUUUGAAGAGACUUACCCCCUAGAAGCUGUAAUUAAAAAGGGGAGCUAUGGCUGUGUGAAUAAAGAACUCUCUCGCUGAGUGUGCAUGGAAGUUGUUUCUGUGGGAACUUGAUUUGAGCAACUAGAGACUACUGAAACUUCAGAAGGAGGACUUUUAAAGCACAUCUGUAUGAAAAAGAUAACAGGAAAAGGCAAGGUGUAACUUCCUAUCUGUGUAUCUCUGAGCCACCCUGGUGGUAUUUCGAGUAUACACGAUGUUUGGCCUUUGAAUCGCCCAUUUUUAUUGACUGGGCAGACAUAACCAUUUCAACAGCAUGCUGAGCUAUGAGUAUUUCACUGUUGUCUCAUUAGGUCUGUGCUUUCCCUGCAGUUUAGCUAAAAACAAGCUUUGUGUCAGCAAUAAUAAUCGAAGAAUUGUGUUUUUACUUGCACUGUCAGAAGUUGUUCUUUACAUACAUAAGUCCUAUAAUUAGCAGAUUUCUAAUUAUAACAAAAGAAAGCAUGUGAUACAUGAUAAGCCUGUAGAAAAACUAAUCUAAGAAGAUGAUUGUAAUUUUGUCUGCUAGAUGAGGCAGUAACUGCUGCUUAAAUGUGAAAAGAGACUGUAUGUCUGAUGCAACCAUUAUUCCAAAGCUGAGGUUUGUGUGCUGAGGCAUUUUUUCCUGUCCACAAAACACAGUUCCUCAUAACUCUGUAAUGCAGAAUGGCAGUGUGCAAGUGCCUUUGUGAUAGAAAAUGUGCUCACUAAAGAGUAUGUCAUGCACACCAGCAGUCAUGCGUGCACAUCAAGAAGUAAGGAUGAACAUGUAUUCUACACACAGAAUGUAGCAUGAACGCACACUAAAGGAAAUUGUCAGUAGUAAUGAAACAGUGAAACCUCCAAUCUUCCUCUCCUUUUGUGCAUCAGCUAACCUGUGUCUAAAACCACCUUUAUGGUGGAUUAAUCCAUCCUCCACACCAGUGAUUUACAGUGGGUGUUCAAAAUAAGGCAUUGCACAUCCCAACACCCCUCCCUCAACCCAUUUUUUCCUGUCCUUUCAUUCCUCUCACCCUCUCGAUCUCCCUCUGUCCCUUUCCUUUCUUUGAUCUGCUGUGUGUUGAGAACCAGAGGUUAUAAGCUUUGGACAUCGCAAAGGCUCCAGCCAGGCCAAUGUGCUGACUGAGGGGAUACGGAGCUUGACUUUGGGCAGUGUGAAAGAUCCGGGCCUGUCUUGUUUGUCUGUCUGUCCGUCUCACUGGCCACACUAUAAUAAGAUUGUAGGGCUCUGUAAGGCGGAUUUACUGGAGCACAACUCCCCCUAGGGCCUUGUCAUAGAAAUGGGUUCCUCCAUAUUUCACCCUAGUCUUCUCACUGGAUUCCAUUGUCAAAAGUGUCUUUCUUUCUUUCUGUCUCUCUCCAACUCAUCCACUCUUAGAAAACCCCUGGUGUUAGCCCCCACUUGCUUUUGUGAAAGAAGUGGGAGCUUUAAUAGGCUUUGUCCUGUGAGUUAAGAUUGAACCUAGCAAUAAAUAGGAGCAUAUGCUGAGCCAAACUGAGCUGAGACAGAAUACACAAUAUACAAGAAAGAGAGGGGGGUCAAGAGAUGGAGGAUUUGGUCUAGGACAUGGUUUCACAAGUCCUCUCCACAUUUUAUUUCCCACUCAGCAUGGCCAUGUUUGUUUAGUUGGACUUUCCCAUCUUCUUGUGGAAUCUCUUAAAGACGUGCAUAACCUGCCCAGCUCUGUUGCAAAAAAUUGACCAAGGUGAAGCUAUUACAGCUCCCUGUUAUUGCUUUUACUGGCUUACCCUUACACAUAUUAAUCCAAGGUCAAAAUCCAAUCCGUCUGACCUGGCAGAUUUUCAUACCAAAUAACAGGAUAGGUGUAAUACUGCAGUUGCAGAUGUUACACUUUGCUUCCCACAUUCUUAUCAGGAAGAAUCGAGUAACACAAUUUAGGCUUCUCUUAGAGUGGUUAAGUGUCUUUACCUUUCUGUUGGCAAGAUUGCACUUGUGUGUCUGCCUUAUUGACUGUACAUAGUCUGCUGAAUCAUUACAGUUGCUUCUGCCCUGCUUUAAGUCUGUAAUUGCUUAUGUCUCACAACCCAAUGACUCUUGCUUCCUUACUGUCUGAGUUUCCGGUGAGGAAAUCCGAUUUUCAAGCCUAGUCAGUAUUUAAAACAUGGUUGGUUUGAUAAUUUAUUUCGUAAAUCUACUUUGAAUACUUAAGUAAUGGUUGAGCUCCUUUUUCAAGACUUGGACCUACCAAUGUUCUAGCAUUUUCUUUGGUUUUAUUGUCUCAAAAACUCUGAGAGACUACAGAACCUAUUCUGUAGAAGUCUGACCAAAUAGAAGGGUUGUAUAGAGUGAGUCUGUUCAAUCUGUUUGAUUUCACCCAGGGAAUAGGACUGAACGUAUCAUCUGAAAAGGCAAAUUAAAGGCCUCUUUUUUUCUAUUUGAGCUUUUUUCUCAGUAAAAUAAUGGGGGGGAAAGUUUCUAAAUUUCUUAACUCUUCCAGAGAAGUGUCAUUUUCUUUCCAAGCUUGGCCCAAUUCUUUCACAAUAGUUCAGAGCAGAGGCCUAAAUGUUGCAUAGUGAAACAGAAUUUGCUCGUCCCAAUGGCAUGUUGGGAGUGUCUUUGAUUGUUGCAAUACUGUUUGUUAUUGUAACAGAAACAUGGUCUGAUGUUGUUGUCCAUGUGGAGGUCCACUUUGCUGGAUUUUUGUAUUUUCAGAGUACAUUACUAAUAACCAACUAUCACAAAAACAGUGUCUAAAAUGUGAUGUAAUGAACUGGAAUUGUCAUCAUCGACUGUCUGUAUACUUGUUGGACUAGCAGGAUACUUCAGAGGUUGUGAGACUUAAACUUAAUGAAGUUUGUACCACAUGCAGAACCACAUUCUCGGUUACAUUUUGGAGCGACUCCAGCCCUAUAUUAUCAUUUUGUAUUCAUAUUCUAUUUCAUACUGUGUACAUUGCUACCGGAGGGUUGGAUUUGGCUCUUACUGUGUGCAUUGCUGCUGCAGAGAUGAAUUUGGUUGUGUAUCAUCGCUGAUGUUGACACAAAUGAUGGGCUCCAAAAGUCCCAGCUGUGCACACUGUGCGGUGAAUGAGGCCAAUCCAAAUGCAAGCACAAACUCAUAUCAAGGGGAGCUAAUUUUGGGAGCACUGUGUCAUCCAUUCCACAGAAACAAAAGCCCUUCUGCAAGACCAUAAAUAACUUGGGAAGUAUAGAGCAGGGGUUGUAUACCAGUCAAUUUCCAUUAUGAGUGGUCUGCUCACUCAUUCUAGCAAACAAGAAAGACAAAUGUCUUUCCGUCAUAGAUGCCACAUAUCAGCUGUGUAUUUUUUUCUUCAUGUGGAACACAGUUUACAACAUUCAGAUCCCCACUGUUAGAACACGAGGCACAUUUCCCAGCAGUACCAUCGUUGGUGAUGUUAUCAUCACUGUUGGUUUAAUUCAAAGUCAUGAAGUAGAAAGUCUAGUUCUUUGUGUGGCAAAAACCUUUUUUUAAGCAGUCACCCUGUCUCUGUCUGUCUUUCAUGUGCGCCCUUCAACUCAUCAAGCCUAAAGUUGAAGUGGUGAGCAGUUACGUUAGAAACACGAGGAGGCAGGGAGCUCUUAUCAAGGCUGCUACAAGAGUGCUGGGUUGAGUCCUGGGUUGAUUGUGGGGGCACUGAUUACGACCCUGGAGUGCUGAGAGACACUGGGUGCUGGUCUCCCAGCAGAUUUCUAUACCACCAUCAGAAACUACAUCUAUACUUUACAUCCUACAACCAACUUUACACAUACACAUAGUCUAUCCAGUCUACCUCUUGGAUAUUCUUUACAUUGCAAAGCCAGUCCAUCCAAGCUGGUAUCAGUGGGAAGUCCAAAAGAUGAAUGAGCCUACAAAUGCUGCAUUAAAAAGUCAUAAACAUGGAUACCUACUGGGUCGCGGAGCUCCUCUGUAAAGAGAGGUGGCCCUUAUUUUUCUGCUGACUAAUGAUUUGAACAGAGUAGGUGGUCAAACAGAGCAGAAGGACUUCAGCAAUUUACCAGUCAGUCAGGCUGCCAAAGUGAACACUCUGCCAAGCUCAAAAAGCAUUCUCCGGCCAAUGGCAAAUGCAAUCCAUGAAACUUUAACUUGAUUGACGGCAAGUGGGGUUUAUAGGGGAAGACUCAUUAAAUAGAGACAAAGCUUAAACCAAAUUGCUGAAAUCCAGCAGAUGAUGUCAUCAUAACGGGUGAAGAGCCUUUGCAGGAAGUAGUUUGUGUGAGGCCUCUCUUUGCCCCUGUGUACUGCAUCAGCACUGACUCAUUGGUUUCACAGCACAGAGCUGACAUUUUGAUUGGCUCAAAGAUCACUUACGGGACAGGGUGUUGGCCCCUGUGAGGGCAGACGGGUGAACAAGUGGACAGGCGCCCAGUAAAUGCUGAUGCACUCAUAGGCCACAUUUGGCCUCUUGUGGAACAUUUGACAGCACGCGCUGGUGUUUGGUGAGCACAAAAGCAUUCUUUCACUGAGUAGUUUUGGCUUGAAUCACACUCGAUUACACAUAACACCUGUAAGUCAACAUAACUUUUGUGAAGAUGCAUGCGCAACAUAAUACCUUGUUUACUCAAACUGAAGCAAUAUUGAUUUUCUACUCUAUCAUUGCAGUAUGAUAAUGAAAAGAAGUAACAAUAUUUAGACAACCUCUUCAUCUUCUGCAAGAUCCCAAGCGGCCAUAUGCUGGCUCAAUAACUUUAUUUUAAGCCCUCAGAUCCCUCAGAGCGAUCAGCUCAUUCGGCAAUUAAAUUAAAGGCAGGUAGUUAAGUUAAAUGUUGUAGAGCCAAAAAUAUCUGUCACAUUCAAGCGUGCAGGCUUAGUGGAGCUUUGCAGUAUUGUACAGUCUUUCCACCAGGUGGAAGGAGUUGAAUAUCUCAGCAGAUCACCGCCCCCUCCAGACACACACAUACAUAGGCACACACACACUAACACCAUCCAUAGCUGCUGCUUCCAGCAAACCCCCCUGACGCCUCUGGCUAAUUCCACUCAAGCCCGCCGGGCUGUCCAGCAUCCUCCAAUAAAUUAGCCUUGCUGCUCCCCCGCUGAGACACAGGCCCUGACAGUCUGGCCAGAACCCAAAGUCACUGGCUUGAGCACACACUCAUAAUUAUUGCUACUUUUUACUGCAAUCCAAAGUCGACGUUAAGUGGACUGUCGAAUUUGUUAGCAAAAGUUGUUAGUAGUGUAAAACCCCAGAUUGGUUUUGUCUACUUUGUCACACAUGACUGUAGAGAAGAGUGCCUUGGUAAUAGUACUGAAUAUGGAUUUCUUCAUCUGUUAUUGUCAGUGUGGCCUGAAGUCUGCAUUGCUUCUUGGUUGUCCUUACCCACCCCUCUCUUUUUAUAUCUUUUUGUAUAACGGCCUAUACGGCUACAGCUUGUAGUUGUUCAAUAAGAAAUCUGGUUUUUUUCCAAGGGAUCUGCCUAUUAAAGGGAAUCUUUUACUUGUAACCUUCUUCCAAAUGUUUCCAAGAGUUUGCUGAAGGUGGAUUCAUGUUGUGUCUCUCUGAAUAACCUAGCCAAGUGUCAAGAAAUGUCUAUUUAGGCUAAGCUGCCCUUCGAAGACAGUAUCAGUGUGCCUUCCCCCACCUGACCACAGCUCCCCACAGCUGUUGCUAUCACCAAGCAUGCCUUCUUUGACUGCCCUUGUCAAAACUAGAGGAUUAAUCAGAAUACUUUUCUCUCGCUUCACAUGCCGAAAUCUAUUUCCUGCAAAAUGAAUACCAAUCUGUCUCUCUUUGGUGUCAGGGUGUGAUGUAUCUGAGCAUUUGUCAACUUGUGAUGGAAUUCUAGGUCAUAUCUCUCGCUGUGUAUUCUGUCUCAAUUUCCUCUACCGGCAUGCUUUUGCUUCCUAUCCGAAGCAUCUGCCUCUUGUCUCAAGUUUGGAUCGAGCCAGUGUCCUCAUCUGACAUCUCUCUACCUCUCUCCUCUUCCUCUCUUUCCCUCUCUCUCAGUUCUAUUCAGCCUGCUGUCAGUGGGUGCCCAGACGGAGAUGAAGAAGGUUGUUGGGGACAAUGCCACCUUACCGUGCCACCACCAGUUUCCUUCCUCCAGCUCUCUUGACAUCGAGUGGCUACUGCAGAAACCAAACUCCAAACAGAAAGUGGUGAGAUAACAAUCAUUUCUCCUCCGUUUCUUCUCCACAUUUGGUUUAUCAAUACAUUUGUCCUGAGUUUUUGUCGAUUCCAGAUUGUUGGCCUUGAAGGAAAAGGAAAACAAUUACAAAACAUUACUGGGAUUACAAGUGUGUGACCUUUCUGUGGGACCCUCAAAAUGACAAAGAGAGCAUUUAAGCACAAGCACAGACCUUACAAACUUCAUUUUCAUUGAACUCAAACAGAUCUCUCAUCACCUCCCUCCGUCUUCCUCUUUUAUCUUUCUUCUGUCUUCCCCAUACUAAGCCACGCUGAUUGAUUUCCGACAGGAGCCAUAAUAGUUGCACAUUAGCUCAAUUCCCAAAGUUACAGUGGCACUUCAGGCUUUAGUGCCUCUCACAGAGGAGCAAUCGUGCUGAAUGUGCAACAGCUCAUUUUGCUGUAACCUUGCACUUUUCUAAAGAGAGCACGCCGUUUAUAAACAUAAGAACAUCUUAAAUAUGGAUGUUUUUGGAUUCGGAUACAUCUAAUGGUGAGAUUUGUAACAUCUUUUACAUGAAAUCAGUAUUAAAUGUGUGUUUUUAGUGCAGCUCAGAAGAAUAUUCAACUUUAAACAACCAAUAGAACUCAAAGGUUUCAAGCUAGCAAGAAUAUGCUAACUCAAGCUAACGUUAGCUCACAGACAGAGGAGUUAUUUUGCUCUUUUUCCAUAAAAAACACUUCAGCAGAGACUACACAGUUUUCUCUUGAGACUCGACUGUAAACUGCUCCACCAACAGUCAACUGAUGUUAGACAACACUCACACAAAAGAAAAAAACACUGUUUCUAAAAUGUUUGCUCAUGGGAUGAAGACGGUGAACGCUGCAUAUCUGUCACUCCAAAGUGCUUCUGCUGUCUUUGCAAGUUGUUUUGUUGUUUAUUCAGUGUUGAAGCUGCAGAUCACAAAUUUAUCUAAGCGUAUUGUGGUUUUCUUUCUUUUGAUUCAAUGACAAAUACAUAUUGACAAGUACAGUACAAUAAGUAAAAAGCAAACCAGCACGAACAGGAAGUCAAAGUCAAGAUUUACAUUAGUGCAUGUUACAAGUUUUGCUUGGAGGGAAAGUUAUCUUCUUAAAAAUAAUCAUAAAAAUAAAUGAAUUAGAGUAAUAGCAAUCGGGCUGUUGUUACACAUUACAUAACGUAGGGGAGACAGAGGUUGGUUGUCACAUUGCGUAUUACAGCUAAACACCAUGGUGGUGUGUCAUCAUGUUAAUGACAAUCAUUUGGUUUGAUGUGAUUACUUUUAUGUGGCAUUUUUUAAAUUAGACACAAAACACUGAAGUGUGUUGAAUCCGUUAUCAAUCAAACAUUUAUCAAAAAGUGGAAUUUUAUAAGUUUAGUUCCAGCUAGUAGGCUAAAGCUAGUAGCUGGUAAAAAGUACAAAGUGGUCAAGAGGGGAUGGUUGUCAUAUACUUACGCAAGUUAGGCCAUGUGUAAAAAAAAAAGUUGUCAGCUCUCUGUAGAUUUUUUAAAAAUUGUUUUACUACCCAACCAGUCAGGAUGACGGAGUAUUGGGGCCACACUGAGAAAAUGAAAGAAUAUAAAAAAUCACUUUUUAAAGACUAAUUUAUGAUUUUAUUCUUGUAAACUUAUGACUUAAAUCUCUAAGUAUUUAAAAAAAAUUCUCAAUAUGGCUGUAAUACUCCUCGUAGAAAUUUCUAUCCCUCUCAUAAACACUCCAUAAAAAUAAAUUUUAUGUAAAAUUGAUGUGAAUUACUUAUUUUACAACCUUUACUUUUUGCUACACAAUGAUUAAAAUGACUGAUAUAAAGGGUGGUAAAGGGUGGUAUCUGGUUUUAAAAAAUUAUUAACUAACUCGUAAAAUAACUUUCAAGAAUUGAAGAGAUAACCUCUUCAACACAAGAAUGCUAGCUUCGGUUCAAUAUAAGAAGGACAACUGUAAGAUGUAUUGAUUAUGUGUAAUUCACACAAGAGUAAAAAGUGUAACAUCCAAACCCCUGUCUCCUCUACUCCAGUCUUAAAUAGAACCAUAUUGUGUCUGUGUUAAGUCAAGCAGUAACUAACUCACUAGCUCAAGUCUUACGAAACCCCUCCUUUUUUUUUUUCCUUCCCGACCUCUGAAGAUGUUUAGUGUCGUUUCACUGGUUUUAAUUCAUUGCUUUUUUCACCAAAAUUGAACAUAGCAUCUGAUAGCAGACAGAGCAUUAAAUCUCACCAGCUUUCUGUCGGAAGAAAGAGAUUUCCUUUCUCUUUGGGAGUCAUUUGUUCAUUCACUGAUGUGCUGGUUAGCAAAGUGAAACCUUACACUCUGAGAAAGACAAGGAAAGAAGUGUGUGAAGGGGAAACAGAGGGGCCAGGAGUGAAAGAGAAGGGGAAAACGAGUGUCUCACGCUUUGAUGAACCAGAGGGUUGCUGCCACAUUGAGAUGAAUAUUUAACAGGAAGAUAACAUUGAAGGCGCCAUUAAUUAAAAUCAAACGUCUGAAAAUUUGAUUAGGAAAGAGACUGUGCCUGUAGCUGUAUGAAUAAAUCAUUCUUCUGUUCUGCUGGAAGGCUGUGUUGAGAGAGAAAGAGCAUCUUGUCAACAUUUAGCCUCUGUUAGCAAAUGUGCAUGCUACAUGUGUCAAGGAUACAGGGGGUGAGAGGCAGGGCAAGACAAGAGCACUAUGUGUAUCUUCACAAAAGUCAUCUAUUUUCCUCAAAUUGAAUAACAUUUCAGGCCCACAACUAGAAACACUGUGUAUUCAAAGUACUUUGUAUUGAGCACGCUUAGGUACAGCUGCUGCACAGACAGGGAGGGAUGUCAUUUUUCUAAAUAAUGUAAACAAUGACAAUAAGCUGCUUAAAGCUGAAAGUCUUCCCACAAAUUAUCAUCCUUUCUUGGAAAUUACACUUGCAGAGGUGUAAUGCUGAAGAGGGUUUACUGUGUGCUGCAGAUAACUACAACAAAGCGCUAAAUUGCUGCCCUUCAAGCUCACAUUAUAUGGUGUGUUGGUGUGUGUUAGAAUGAUAAUCAUGGCCCACAGAGCUGCACCCUUCUCCAAAGCGCUUUUUUUCUAGAUACCUUUUUGUGUUUUCUAUCAAUUAGAUGAUUAUGAUCACAACACAAUAAAAGCAACUAAAAGUCUUAUGAACCAUACUAUUAAAGACCCCAAGUGUUUUUAAUGUUGACAAUAUUUUGUGUUAAAUAAAUUGUAUUUGAAUUUUAGGGAAUCCAUUCAUGAACAUCAUAAGGUUCAGGUUCUGUUACAUGUAAUUAAAAGUGUUUAUAAUUCUUGAAAAAUUAUUUGCAAGUUCAUGAAAACUUUAAAUAGAGCUCUUGUAGGUAAAAACUGAACACUUCAUAUACUUCUUAUACAUUCACAGAAGCCACUGAGAGAAGGGACACUUCACGCCAGCAUGCACUAUUUUAAUUUUUACGGAAUAAACAAACCAUCUCAUUUUAAUUGCAAACUAUGCAAACAGCCUGCAGCCAUUUUUUUCUAAAUUCUUCUUAAAUUCCUCACACUCGCUGGCACUUUUGCUGCCUGUCGGUGCCAUAAGUAUAUGUUCAGAGUGAGUAGGCAAGACUAGAAGCACAAAAACACAUGCGUUUGUAGUCUAUACUCAUUUAUUUGUGAGUUCAUGAAAGCAUUAGAAGUCUUCCCAUAGGCAGAAAUCUUAUUUCCCGCUUUGUUUAGGUGUUAAGGCCAUGUCCCUCUUUGCCUGUAGCUGCAGCACAGUCAUUAUUCCUGGUUGCAUUUCUAGUGUUUUGUUACUUUCAAUGUAUCUUUAAAGGCGACUGUAUUUUUCACGUAGGUCUGCACGCCUCUGUGUGUAAAUGGCCAGUCGUCACCUGUGAUACAGCAGGUGCCCUUGUGUCUUAGGCACUGAUGCACUGUGGCACCAGCAUUUAGCAGUCCCCAUCUGCAGGCUCUCACUUGCCCUGAGUUAUAGGCCAGUGUGACAGCUGUGUUUGUUUGUGUUUGUGUAUGUGCAUGGAGAGAGAGAGCGAGAGAGAGAAACAAGGAGAGGAUGGGAAUAAGUCGGCAGAGAAAAGAAAGAUGUAUCCUUUCAGUAGAGGUUGUUGUAUUGAGAUUGUACUAUAGUGCAUCAGAUCUAUUCUUUGAAGAAAGCCCGUCCUCUGCAAACAUCAACAAACCCUGUGAUUAAAUAAGAAGUAACAAAAGAGAAAAAAGAUUCAACUAAUGGGAUGAGAAUGUCGACUUUUUUUUCUUUUUUUCUGAAGCGUUACAAUUAUAUAUAUUCCCCAGAAAGCAGAAAACCAACAAAAGCAUAACUUGCAGGCAAAACAGAGAAAAGAAAACAGGCCAACGUUCCUAAUUACUGUUUGAGUCCAGAAAUUUGUACCUGCUCAUUAUGAACAUACACAUAAUACACAAUUAAAUAUAAACCUGUGUGCAAACAAAUACUUAACUAUAUUUUAACACUUAAGCACCAGACAUUUAUUAAAAUAUGUCUUAGCAGAAGUCAUUUGUUAUUAUUACCAGUCAGGAGUUUGUUUUGUAUGUAUUAAAAUAACUUAUGCAAAGUCACCUAAAGAUACAAAGAACUUAUGCCAUGUACAUGAUAGUGUCAGCCGCAAAUGUGCAUUUCUACCUUUCUGUUUGCAGUUGUAUUUUUAUUCAUUAAUUAUACAUGAUUGAGUUUACUGCUAUGGUAAAGGCUCUGAAGUAGGGCUGCCUGAGAUAUCGUUUGAGCAUCAUCAUUGCAAUGUACGUGUGCAUGAUAGUCACAUUGCAGAGCCUGCGUUGUUGGAGGUGAAUGAACUCAUCUAAUUUCAAGGGUAGCUGACUGAGAUACACUGCAUGUGACUCUGCAUGUGCUGUGCAGGGAUCCACCAAUCACAUUCAUUCUUUACUCAGUUGCCAAACAGACUACCCUGCCAGCCGUCAAUCAAAAUCGGAGAGGAGGAAACCACGUCCCUGCACAUGGAGUGAGUCGCUGGCGCUGGUGGUGUUGUGCCGAGAAAUGCAUGCCCGUCGAGAAUUACUUUCAGAACAUCACUCAUCACUGUUUAGUCCCACAAAUAAGAACUGUAUGGGUUUUAAAUUGUACAUUUCCAUAGACUGCUCUACUAUGAGUGGUGCGCGUUUUGCGAGGUGCAAUUCUCGGCAGGCAUGCCAAGAAUUAUUACUCGGCACAACACCGGUAACAACAACAAUAAAUGCAAAAUGAGAAACGAACAAGAGAAAACCACCGAAAAUGAAUACUUGUUGCCAAAAAAAAGCAAGGUCAGUUAUCAGGAAUUAUUUCAGUGACAAGAAGGAUGAUGUCGCCCAAACACGUGUCGGCAGUGUCUUUCAUCUGUUGCCACAACAGAAAAAAAUACAAAUGACAAUAAUGGAUGUUCAUUAAAGAAAAUUUCUCAGUUUUCAUGUAAAGAUAGAAAAUAUGUAGGAGAUUGGUGUUUCUCAACAAAAAAUCGUGAAGUAACAAAAAUGUCCAAAUACGAUUGCAUAAUAAAAUGUUGUUUGGUGGGACGUUUGUUUUAAUUAUCCAGCCUUUUUAAUCUCACCACUGUGCUAAAACCACACCAUUGCUGCUGUGGGUAUUUGAGUCUUUUAUCUCAGCACCAGACUAGAUUUUUAUUUGGUCAAUUUGACAGCUCCCCUUGUAGAAACAGCAUAAGGAGAUAACGGCGCUGACAGAUUAUCAGCUAAAUGAGCACUGGCAGGAUUCUGGCAUUACAGCAAAUGCAUUCAUUUGUAAAAUAUUAUUUCCCUGGUGUUAAUUAAAAAGUGUUAACACUGUUACCCAUGAGUGCUGCUAUUCUGUUUUUCUCUGGGAUGUGCACCCAGUGAGGGACUAAGUGAAUCUGUUUGAGCUGUGCCUACACCAUCAUUACAGUUAUGUAAUUUUAAGCAUUAAUGGCAGACAAAUAAUCAAAUAUAUCAAGCGUAACACUGUUGGGACAUGUUGUUAAGUGAUAUGAAAGAGUUAUUUUGGGGAGUAGGGAAAUCAAUUACAUGAAUACUCACGUUGGCUGUGUUUAAAAUAGUAGUUUACGAUAUCAGGUCUGAUGAAAAUUGGGAAAUUAUUCGGCAAUGGGACUGUUGUGAUUUGUUGGUGCUCAGUACGGUAAGAGAAGACAUUAGGGUAACACAGGACAGAUUUGUGCAAAACCUCCCGCUGUUCAACAUCUCUCUGAACUCUCCCUUAAAUACAAUAAACAAUAUCCAAAGCACCCUCUCUUUUUCCCCUCGUUAUUACAGAUCAUUACCUUCUUUGGAGGCCAGGUGUAUACGAAUGAGGCGACAGACCAGGCCAGUCGUCUGUCCUUUGCUGGGGAGUUCCUGGGGGGAGACGCCUCCCUGCUGAUCAGUGACCUGCUGCUGACUGACUCUGGAGAAUACUACUGUAAAGUCAAGACCGGGGGGAAGUACCACUGGAGCCAGGUCAACCUCAUUGUACUGGGUGAGUGUUGUCUCAUUAAAUAGAAACACACACACACACUCAGAGGUUACAGAGAGACACACACAGGUGCACACACAUCUGGGUAUGCAGAGACAGAAAACCCAUUUGAACAUACACAUAUACACACUCAGUCUGUGACACACAUGCGCACAUACAGAGAGAGACCUAAUCACUGCAUCAUUAGCCUGGCACAUUUCCUCCGUCAUGCUGACUGAUCUAAUGAUUCAAUUUGAUUCAGACAGUGUGAUUUGAUUUUGCUCAUGCUGUUUGGGUUCCUUUGGAUUGGUUUGUUGAUGAGGUGAGACCAGAGACAUGGGACCCAGUCUGGAAAUGCACAGAACUGAUUGAUUUUCUCGGGGUCUAAAUUACAAGGCCAAACAUCAAGUUGAAUUCUCUAAACCCCCACUGUAUAGCACAGGCUAAUACAUUUAUGUGAGAGUGCAGACUCACUCCGAAUUCAAGAGACAAUCUGUAAUGAUAUUUGGUCAUUCAAACAACAUCUUAAAUGACAGCUGCUAUCAAUCCAAACAGCUCAGGAAAGGGGUUUGAACAAAUCAAGUUUUAGCUCUUCAACAAUACAAAAGCCUGUUUUGACCCCAUGAGUUACCGUAGAGUCAUCAUCUUUUUGUUUUCUCAAAUUGCCCAUUAUACCAAUGGUUAUAAAUGGCUUAGCAGCUUGCUCAGUGGUGCUAUGUAUCUCUGCUGGCAUGACUCAAACAGCUAAACAACUCUGAAGGACAGACAGCAAAAGGGGAGUUUCGGCACCACAAAAGGCAGUCACAAAGUCCAGCGGGAGGAGCAAGAUCAUUCUCAAUGUCAGAAAAGCAGGCGAUUUAUUAAAACAUCAUGGGAGAUUAGUUCAACCGGCGGUUAUUGGUUUUCUAAUGGAACAGUCUGUUAAUCCUCUCGUGCUCACUCUCUCCGCUCUCUUCCAUAAAGACAUUUCAGUGAGUUAGGGCCUCUAUUUUUACAAAUUGCCCUCAGCUUUGCGGUGACACUUUCGAUUUUGAGAGAAACGGACAUUUGCAUUUUUUUUUUCUCUCUUGCUCCCCACGCUAAGAUAAUAGCUUGGCAGCCAAGCUGGUAGCUGGCUUGGCAUGAGACAGAGUGUGAGUGAGUGUAUGUAUUUGUGUGCAAGCCAGGGUUUAUGCCUCCAGUGGUUGUGUUUGUGUUGAUGUGCAAACUUGCAUGUUAAUGUCCGGAUGCCUGCUUUGUUCUAGUUACAGAGAGAGUGGAGAUUCAUCUGCAGAUUUAUGACUGAGAGUGAAUUAGUUGUUUUGUUUUUUUCGUUAAGCGUUGGGAAUGUAAUUUGUAUUUGUACUGGUGUGUGUGUAUGUGUGUGUAAAGGUUAACUGUUUUCUCCCUCCCAUGUGACUUAUUUUUAGAUCAGUAGUGAACCAUAUUGACGCCUUUAUUGUUAAGGUUGACAUAUUGACUCUUAACUUUAGUAAUCCUAGCCUGACUCAGAAUAUUCUAUUCAUCUAAUAUUAUUUAGCAUCAUUAUCUUAUCCUCAUGUAUUGCACAUAUGUCAUACCAUCAUUUAUCCUGUAAUAAACUGAUCAUCUAAGUUCUUGCCUGUUAGAGCUCUUUCAGAAGUGGAGACCCUGAAAUGAUCACUUCGGCUUGAGAUAUGAGAAUAAUUAAUUGAAGAUUGACUUAAAGUCAUGGUUGACGAUCUGAGAAGCAGUUGAAAAAAAUUGAGCCGUUGAGGCAGAUUUGAAAAAAGUGUCCCACCCCCCACCCACAAACCUUUCCACUGUGCUCCACGAUAACUUUACCCCCAAACCUGUAUAGACCACCAAGACACACCCCCUCUGGCAGAGCAAUAGGCCAGCCUGCAGAUGAUCCUACGCUAGCUUUAUAUAGGAUUCACCAUGUCGGAUUGCUAGUGACUAGGGGCAGUAAACACCAGCUCUGCUAGCUAGCACUGCUGCAGCUGCCUGGACAGCUACUGUGUUGACAUUGCAGAGACUAAUAAGAGUUAUUUAUGUAACAUGUGCCACGAUAAAAGGCAAAAAUUACCUGUUCAACAAAAACGCUGCUGUCUCGGCGUCUGUUUUCAGGACCAAAUCCUGACGGAGCUUUCUCCACCGCUCGAGGGAUGAUCGAGUUAGAUUCCUCACUUGGUCACAUUUCCUCUUCGUCUCUGCUCUUUCUUCUGUCAACUUGUGUUUUCUUAGCACUUUUAGCACUACAGCCCCUGUAGUUUAGCUGCUACGCUACUUUUAGCCGCUCAGAGCUCCAAGGAGGGCUGGGAGAGUGGGAGGGGUAGAGUUGCAACUACGGGAGAGGGGUGUGUCCAAUACAGAGAGGUGAUUGGAUGGAGAGGCGGAGCAGGAGAUUUACCAAUACUAUAGCUGUCUGGGACGGAUGGCUCCCAUAGGUCAAUGUUUCUGAACGGAUUUUUUCCAUUCUUUUUUCUCUUCACUUUGUGGAGAUCGCACUGUAGAACCAAGAUCGCCAUAUAAACGAGGUUCAUAAUAAUUACCAAUCUCUCUAAUCGUCAACCAUGCCUUUAAUAUUCACGUCAUGCUUGAUUUUUGAAUUGAACUUUUGUUUUUCUUUAUUUCCCCACUAUUAAGGUGGGUGGUGCCCCUUUCAACGAGUGCAUGAAUGUCAUAAUUUAAGAUUAUUAAUCUUAAGACAUUUAUUAUACAUUCAAAUCAUUACAACUGCUUCAACUCAUAGUGCUGCGAUAAGCCGUAACCGACCCUGACAGAGCUGUGAGAUUCUGGGAACAGGGAUGGAGAAAAAAAGAGUCACAUUCACAAAGGAGGUCAUAUACAUUAUCUAUAUGGCUCACAGCUACCACAUUAGGCACCACUUUUCAGUGUCAUAGAGUUACUGAAGAUCAGCAGCAGCCAAAACUCAGGAAAGUCAGCCCUGCUGAAUUGAUAGUGUUACAAAAAUACAGAAUAGAUGUUUAAAUAUAGUUCGCUACUGAUCUAAAAAUAAGUCACAUGGGAGGGAGAAAACAGUCUGCUUUUUUCUGCUUUGAUAGCUCAGCAGUGCCUCCCAGCAUGUAUCCAAAGAGAGAAGCUCUAAAGGGCUCAGCAGGCACCAGCUAUACAGUCCUCUGCCUCCAGCUACUGGACUGUAACUAAAACCUUUGACCUGUGGAGAACAUAUUACCACAAGCGUUCACCGCCAGCUUUGGGGUCACAUUGAUCCAUACCCUCUGGGAGUGUUUUCAUGCGUCCGCGCCGGCAACAGCAGAGGCCAGAGGCAUUUUUUUGUUUUGUUUUUUUUUUUCACGUUGUCAGUCCGUCCAUCCAUCAGCGCUGACCGAACUGUCCGACCUACCACCAGACCAUCUCUCAGUCUUUUAAACCCGACAGCAUUAUGUACAACAAAACACUUUUCUGGCCCUCCGCAGGAACAGAUGGGGCAAAGUGAUCAUCAUUUAAAUUUAGUCUGAUACUGAAUUGUUGGCUCUUGUCUUGAAUGCAGACCGUGCAUUUCAGGGCCUGCUGAUUGUUUAGCCAUUCUGUGCUUCCUGGUUGAGUUCGUGUGCAAAACAUCAGCAUUAACAUUGCAGCGACAUUAACGUUUUUGAAGCUCUAUCUACCCCGAGGGUGACACUUUUUAAUCAAGUCCGCUUCAUGGGCCGAGCUUGUGAGCACGAACUAAAAAUUUGACUUAAAAUGUUUGUUACUCUCAAUGAACUCAAGCACUAAUGGGCUAAUAGCAGAAAAAUAACAAUAAACAAGUCAAGUCAAAUCAAUUUUGUUUUUAUAUCUCAAAUUCGCCUUUCUAUCUCUUUUUUUCUCUAUUGGUAUUGUUUAGGAUAGCUAAACAAAAGGAGGAGAGAGAAAGAGAAAGGAGAUUUAGUGGUUCUGAGAAACUUGGCGAGCUGACAACUGUUUGGAAAGAUGACAAAGAAUUCAUGCUGUACUCAGAAAUGUAAUCAAUAACAACACAACUAAAUGAAGAUAAUAUAUCACUGACAACUUCAGAUUAAGUUCACUAUGCAUGUUUAACAUUUUAACUAAUGCAGCUUCACAAGUUGUCAGUGUCCUUAUGAGCCCACUUCCAUUCCCAUUCACUUCUCUUUAUGUGGAGUUUUAUUUAAAGGUUAUAGUCUGUACUCUGGUUUUGGACACUUAAACUUCACUUUAUGUCCUGAAAUAACUCAUGCUUCAGUACAUUUCUGUUCACAGAGAUAAUUCCUUAUAAAAAUAUAUGUCAGCUCCUCAAAGAUAUUUACAGGAUGACGUUAUUUCUGGUCUACUCAUUGACAAUAAAGGGGAGAUGAAUUUUAUGAGCAGUAACAAUAUUUGUAAAAGUUUUAUUUUAUAAAGAAAUAGCAUCUUAAAAUUAUUAACUAUAUGUAUAUUCCUACAGGCACAUGAAAAAGUGACCUAUUCAUUACCAAUACAAUAAAUGAAUAUAGUCACUUUAAAUAGUGACACAGUUAUCUUUGACUUUAAAAUGGCGUUUGCUCAGUGCAUACAUCCCUGAUUGUAUGAGAUCAAGCCUUUUUCAAGUUAAUGCAAUUUAAUACAGGGUGGGAAUGGGUGGGAAUGAGGGGUUGGAUUGGGGUAGGUUCAGGUAUUCUUUGUUUCUUUAAUUCCUUUGCUGCGUAAAGCACUCUGUGCUGCAUGGUUUUGUAUGAAAAGUGCUAUACAAAUAAAGACUGAUUUGACUGAAUUGGAUAAGGGCAUGGUGUGGUCCGCCCUGAGCUUUGACUCUUAUAGUUAUCUUUCAAUAGUUGGUCUUGGGUUGGUUGGGUCGGCAGGAACUGAGGUAGUGCCAGUUUUUGGAAAAAAAUUUGAAUGUUAACACUACUCCUCCCAACCAGUUUUCCCCUCAGCUCCUCCUCUCCCCUCCCUCUAUGCUCCAGCAAGCCCCGCCCACAAAAAAGAUGCUCCUGCUCGCUCUCAAUUAAAUUCAGAUGUAACGCAGAUAAAUUCUUCAGAUAAUUACAAAUGUGGUCCAGUCAACUUGAAAGUAAACAGUAUUGGUGCUACUGUAGAUGCCAACAGACUACCAGCAAACACAAUGUUUGCAGGACUUCUACAACUAGGAUAAAGUGACAUACUCCAGGACCCAAGUGAAACAGUCUAGCGGUUUGACAAGAAACACUUCUGUCACAGACACUUGGCUUACUUUGUUAAAGCGGUUUACCUGUCCAGCAGAAAGAUUACAGGGUCCGUAAGACCCCUAAUGGUCACCCAUCGUUUAUGCUGAUGUUUACCCGUCUUUUUAGCUCUUGUACCUUCUUCCUCCGUUUUAAAGCGCCCGUUAUUUUGCCAGAGUCUCCAAUAUUUACUUUGUUUUCUUGCUUUUGUUUUCCGUACUUUCUAGUAAGUGUCUACUGUCCGAUGUUGUAGCAUGCUAACUUUGUUUGGGCUCAUGUACGUUAUUGGAGGACGUAGAGCAUGCCUCACAACAUGAGGGAGCAGCGUCUGCCUCACAACCAAGGUGGGGAAUGGCUGUGUUUACAGUCAGAAUGAGCGGGCCGCUCAAAAAUUUAAAACAUUGACAACACAGACAUAACAAAACACAGCAUUAUUGUUAUAUUACUAAAUGUCAUUAAUAACUAAUAUCUAUUGACUGAUAUUAAAAGUUUUUUUGUAUAUACACCACAAAAAAAGAUGCUUCUUUAACAGAACCCUGCCUACCCCACCUUUAACUGUACUUACAUUUAUAUGUGGAUCAAUAUAAUAGAGACUAAAAGUUUGUCUAUUGCAUGUUUGUGUGAAAUCUUCCUGUUUCUGAUGCAUUGUUACAGUCAAACCCUCCAAGCCGAAAUGCCUGAUGGAUGGCAAACCCCUGGAGGGCAGUGAUGUCAAGCUGAGCUGUAAAUCCAGCGAAGGAUCUGAUCCCAUCAGCUACAAGUGGGAGAGACUCCUGGACAAAGGCAAGAGUCUGGGCAAGUUGCCAAACCUGGCACUGAUAGGUAAGGAAAAUAAUUGGCCCUAUGCUAACAUGCUGAUUCACCAGUCAAGCCCUCUGCAGAGAAAUGCUAUAAAGAUUCAUUUCAGUAUUAGUGAUUUUUAUUGGCCGCAUUUAUCCAAGGAAGACUUUUGCUGAGUGUACCGCCUUGCCUUCACCUCGCCCUGACUCCACAUUCACAGAUUAGCAAACAAUGGCCCACGCAAGUACAGUCUCCUGGUGGCUCUCUGAGCUGACUCAGCAGAAUAAUUAGCUUUGCUUAACUAAAGGGCACUUAGAUGGAGUCAGAUUGUCUUAAUUAGACUAUUCAUCCUACAUGCCUUUCUUAUCUUUACACACUAAAAACCAGAUUGUGCCUUUUUUUUUUUAUUUUGCAAAAAUCAAACACAACACAGCCCUGUGAUUUCUAGUGGUAUUCUGUUGGGAUGAGUUGUACAAACAUGAGGAUCCAGGCUGAUGGUGUGAUCUGAUGAAGAUGUCUAUGAUGAUAAAAUGUCAGUCUGGCUCAAGUGAAUUAUACGUGCAUGCAUGAAACCAGCAGGAAUUCAGUGUUUUCUUGGAUUGUGUGCAGAGCGCAGGAUAUCAAAUGUAAAAACAGAACUGGACUGGCAGCCUCCUCCAAAUUCUGUAAUAAAAAGAGAAACAUUGGCUCAAUAAUGGCCUGCGACACUAUUCAUUCACAUGGUGUGUCCAUUUGGACCAUAACCAGGUAUUCUUUUAUAUCUCUAAAUAGUAACAGAGACUAUUUUUAUCUGGAAAGUUAAUGGAAGGGCAAUUCUCCCAACUGUUUAUUCUCUUAAACAGACACUGAGACCCCCCAGGGUGCCAACCUCUCUGUCUCUUUUUCCCCUCCAGUAUUCAACUGGCAUCCGUGAACGCACGUGCCCAGACAAAAAACUUCAAAUUAAUGACCUCCACCAAACAACACCUGUUCAGUCUAAUUAGUUUUCAUUGGACGAUAACACACAGCGUCAGCAGCCAUUAUUUACGGGUCUGGUGAAAGGUAAUAUCACAUGGUUGUCAUUGGUGGGGAUGGCUCAAUAUCUCAUGAGGCCGUGGGGCUCAGUUGCUCUCCCAGAUUUGCUCCUGUUACUCUCUUCAAGUCCUGCUCAGUGUGCCGGGCCUUCAUCCUAAACAAACACUACAUAAAUGUCUGGCUCUUCUUCUCCUUUUUAUUGCUCACUCGUACUUUGACUGUUUAAUACAUGUCAGUUCUCUUUCCUGUCCCGGAUGUAGAUGCAGGAUUUAAAACAACAAACAGAUAGAUUGUUAUGUGUAUAAACUUCCUGUACAGACUUGCCCUCACAGUCUGCUCUCUGUUUUAUCGACUUUUUCCCCAGAUCUCAAGAACCCAGAGAUCGUGACCCUGAGGAAUCUCACCAUGGACAGCACAGGUGUCUACAGGUGCACAGCGAGCAAUGACGUGGGAGAGGAAAACUGCACCGUUGAGGUCACAAUGCAGCGUGAGUUCGAAGAGGGACAGCAGAGUCAACCUCUGAGCGUUCACCUCACACCAAACUGCCACGCUGAUUGAUGGUUAUUGUUUGAAACUGCAGAUGGAAAUAGUUUUAUUCCACUCCCCCGCCUGUCCAUCUACCACCCCACACCCUUACACUGCCGUUCCUCCCCCUUGUGCUCCAACACUGUGGGGACUGCUCUAAACUAAAAAUUGUAGCUACUGGUCGCCACCUAUGCCUCAGCUGUUAUGUUUCACUGUCACUCUAAUACAUUUCUUGAGAGGCCCAGGAUGUUUGGGGUCACAUCAUGAGAUGAGAAAAUGACACAUCUGGAAGCUCAGCAGAAAUAGGUUGACAGCCCUGGUGUGAAAUUGAAUCUGAGCACUGUGGCAACAAACCCAGGAAGUGUUAAGGUAUUUUUACCAAACGGGACAGGACCAGACGUAUUUGUGAAUUAAAUAUCAAGAAUAAAAGUAGGAAUCCAAUAUGUGACAGAAUUAGACUGUAUCUACCAACAAUUAUCGCCUCCUCUUUCUAUUUACAGAAGUGAAGGAUGUAAGUAGAGUGUGACCCCUCUUUGCCCGAUGAGGUUUAAAGUUCUAACAUUAGGUUUCAGUUUCAGUUCACAGUUUGGACCUGUUAUCAGGAAUCAAGGGAAAUACUCAUGGAGCCCAGGAUGGAACAUCAACACUGAACACACACAAAAUUUAGUUUUCCAAAAAUAUUUUUAGUCAACAAUAGAACAGAAUGACAACAAUAUUUUUAACUGAGUAUGAAAAACAACAAAAUGCGCACAAACUAAAAUGAAAUAAAUUGUGCCCUUCAUUGUGUUUGGUCCUAAUUGUCUUUCUCUCCUUUGUUAUGAGCUCAGUUUAUUUUUACAUCAUUGGGGCCUUUUAAUCUUUAAGUGUCUUACUGUCACACCACAGGCUUGGUAGGUAAGUUCAGUUGAAUUCAAUUAGAUUGCUACAGGCCAUAAGUUCUUACUUAGAAUAAAUAAUACCAUAGUUAUUGCCUAUGUAUAAAUUCAAAUAAACUAACUUUUUUUUCCUUAUAGGUCUUGCUUUACCAGUGUAAGUCAAAUGAAAAUACUCAAAUAACUCAAAAUAAGCCUUUUAGCAUCUAUUAUUUGGAUAAAAUGAUGAAAUAAAGUGAAUUUUAUCUUUUUUCCCUUUUCACACACAAUGCACACACAUGUGGCGCACACACACACACACACAACACUUCCAGUACACAAAGUUCACACACAAAAUAGUUCAGCAUUUUGUCUGAAUUACCCCAGCAUAAUUUCAAUUAGCUCAUUGGUUUGCUCUGAUGUUCGCUGAGUUCAAUACAAAUUCACAUUGGCUGGUACCACAGCGGCUAACACGCGCGGUAUCAAAUUAGCAGUUAGUAGCUAUAUUAGCACGGCAGCUAACACCACCACAGAGUGCUGUGCGCAACUGCAGCGUGGUUGGCCCGUGACAUCAUGACACGCUGCUCUCUGCAGCUCAGUUAACCCUAUACAUUCAUACAGACUAAAUAACAGACUUUGACUCUUUGUUCUUUUAACUUCUUCACAGCUAAUGAAGCCUGGGCUACAAGAGCAGCAGGCAUAGCAGCCGGAUCAUCCUUCGGUGUCCUCUCUCUCAUAUCAAUCAUCUGGCUCGUGCGCCGAACGAAAGAGAAAAAGAAGUACGAGGAGGAGGAGACUCCAAAUGAGAUCAGGUUUGCUCACUCUCUUGUCUCCUGGGACUCCUUAACUGUUUUCUAUUUUACUAGAUAAAAGCACUCCAAGAUGUUGUGUGGGAUUAUGAGUAAAGGUAGUCAUGUGUGUGUUUCUCAGACUUUUCUCUUUCUCCCCAGGCUGUUGUGCAGUUUGUUAUGCUGAUUUUCACACUUUUAAUGAGUCCAAAUCUGCAAUAGUCUUGAACUCGAAGCACCAACUGUAAGACAUGUUGAGUAAUAAUGCCUCAUUAAAUGUAUGACGUCCGCUCUGAUUGCAGUUUAUGCCAUUAACAUUUUAAUUAACAAAUUAAGCAAAGAAAAAUUAAAAAAUUCAACAAGCAUGUUUUUUUUAAGUUAGUGUGAUAUAUCAUGUAGAAACAGAAGACUCCAGGUGAGACAGGGUCAUGUGGAGGCACAGUGACAGAGAAAACUAUUGUGUAACAGUACAGGUAUAGUCCACUAGAGCAUCUAGGAAGGUCUUCACAUCUAGCCUGCAUAAUCUCAGGUUUAUUAUGCAAUGAAAUUCCCUAUGCACUAUUGCAAGGUGAGAAUCUAAAGUGAGAGUUUAUAUGUUACGAUCAAAUGGUUGAGAUUAGGAAGUAUUUUUUUAUUUUUUUUAUUUUGCACUACAGAACAUCAAACUAAAUCUUCUCCAAACUAAAUUGUGGCUGAUAUUCUCGUAUGUGUGAGUCCAAAAGUAGAUGUAAGUGUGUAACAAUCAAACUGUUGGUUCUCAUUUAAAAACUGAAAUGUGCAAAGCUGUGACUAUCCACUGUUUUGGCAUCAGGUUAUCUUGGCAUUGCAUAAAAAAGUUAGUGAAAAAAAAGUGUUUUGUACUCAAAAAAAAAAAGUUUUUCUGUUUUUUUGAAGAAAAGGUCACAAUGCAGAAAAGGCUUGUGUCCAAGCUCCAGUAAUGAACUUUGAAUUUGUGUCAGUACCAGCACAGACAAUAGCAGUCUGUUUAAAUAAUGAAAUAUUGAUAUCAUACAAAGUUAUAAAAACAAGCAUGUGGUAACACUGUGACCUCACCGUGAUGAUCCUCUUACUGAUUACCUCACAACAAAUGGAUAAAGAAGCAACAGACUGCUAGCAAGCUAGUGAUAGCAGCCAUCUGAGAAAUGAUUAGGCACUUGUAAAAUCACUGUUCAAGGUUAAUUGUAAAUCCAAAAACAACAUUAUAGCUUGUGCCUCUUGGUACAUUUUGACCAUUCUUGAAAUUUCAUUCAGUUUUGUAACUAACAAUCCUUUCAGGAGAAGUGUUUCCUUCAAAAUAAAAGCAUAGUUUCAUAAUACAGAAAGUAAAUCACCUUAAAUAGUGAAUACCCAUUUUUCUCAAGCACUAGUUGCAUGCAUUCACAAAACUGUAACAUAAGAAGGCAUCAGUAUAAAUUUCAGUCAGUUUCAUCAACAUAUAAAAACCUCACUGGAGCUUUAAGUCGCAUUAACUGCACCUUCAUGUGUGUCCUUUGUAAACAGUAAUGCUGACAUAUGCGUAUGAAUGCCGGUAUAACCAACAUUUUCUAUGACCGCCACACUAUGUCGGAAAGUUACAGACAGACACAUCCUCAGUGUGUGUGCUUGUGUGUACUUACUGUCUGCCUGUUUGUCAGACUAUGUUUAUAAGUCCAAAAAUAAAAUCAAGGACAAGGUCAAGUGUUUAUUGAUUAUCUUUUUAGAGCCUUCUUUUCACACCUACCUCGUGUUUGUGUGUGCGUGUCGGUGAGUUAGACCAGAGCCGAGAGGGAUAACACUAGUGUUUAUUUCUUCCUCUAAAACUCUGUGUGCAUCAGUGGACCCUGUGGGCAGCCAAUGACACUUGUAAAGGCAACAACAUUUUUUUGUGACAGACUGGAGUGGGUGUAGGUGCAUAUUUACUGUUGUAACAAUGAAUAAUGCAGAGUGGUUGAGGGACAGCUCCAGUUAAAUAAUGUAGAUGUGGGGAAGUGUUUUCUGUUUUUAUACCAUGUUCAGAGUCGGAGCCUUUCUGCUAAUGUGCUCAAGCAGACCGGAGCAGCUUUAGUGACGCACAUCCCCAGAGUGUGGACUUUUAUGUAUUUUUAAAGAGUCAAAGAACUUUCGUAAUGUUUCUAAAAAGUUACCACAUAGCCAUUAGUGCACAGAUGAGAGGUUUCUGACAUUAAGUAUCAAAAGUUGUAUAUCAGUAAACUAAUAUUACCUGGCCCAUUACCUGAGCCACACACCUCUGUGACCUGCAGGAUGAUGAUUAAUAAUCACUGCAAAGAUCCUCUGCAGUUUCUGCCCCGUCCAAGUAACAGUCACAGCAUGAAACUCUAUAGGUUUUAGUGAUUAAUAUUGCUGUCAAUAUUAAACCAUUUCCCUGUGCAGUUUUUAUUGUUCUGAGCUAUUUUUCCCAUUCUACUUUUGGCACAAUUAUGCGGUGAAGUUUUACUUGUGUUCUCAGCAAAAAAUAAAAAUAAAACUUUGUUUCCCUUCAACAUUUCAGGGGGAAAUUGUGGUUUCAGCAGAUAUCAUUAUCCCAUGCAAAUGUGUUUCACAAAACUCAAAGGCUGGGGGGUAUCUCUGGAACCACAUGAGGUCCCCACAUGAUACUUGCAAAUGUGAUUAGGGAUUGAGAAGGGUUUCAGGGAAUUUCACUUUGCUUAUUUUGGGGUUAACUGCGUCUCUGUAUCUGUGUGUGAGGGCUUACUUUGGAUGUAAAAUGAACCUAUGUUUGCUGUUUGUGUGUGUGUUUGUGUUUCUGACUGCAGAGAGGAUGCAGAGGCUCCCAAAGCCAAGCUAGUGAAGCCCAACUCCCUAUCCUCGUCCCGCUCUGGCAGCUCACGCUCCGGUGCCUCCUCCACCCAGUCCAUGGUGCACAACAGCGCCCAGCGCGGUCAUCGCCCCCGCCCACCUGCUGUAGCAGCUCUCAAGGAAAAUGGACAGCCUCCAGGUUUCCCCCAGUCCCCACCAGCCUACACUGCAGUGGUGGCCCCCAAGACCCCAGAGCCCCCCACCACUCCCAAAUUCAACUCAAGGAACAUGUCUGGGCCCACACCCCCAACCCUCAUGGUCCCUGCCCAGACCAAGGCCUUUCAGACUGUGUAGGACUGAAAGCAAACCCUGCUCCUGCAGCCAUGUGAGACUCCCAUCAAGCCCAAGCCCCCGAGCCCCCCUCCCAAAGACUAAGACUCUUCUAUAAACAAAGAAAUGCAGCUAGUUAAAGGAUGUAAUUAAAAAAAUCAAUACUCUAAGUCCAAAAGUACUUUAAAUGAAUGCAUACUUAAAAAGGGAAAAUAAGACAUGCUUGCCCCCUACUGAAUUACAUAAACCAACAAAACAAAAGAAGACAACAUGACCUGAGAUGCAAUACUGUUUGUGUCUCAUAGCUCAAGGCAGAACUUCUUUUCUGAGUUCCUGUUUUUGGCUGUGAAAGACACAGGGAAGCACGGUGUGCAGCAAGGUUGAAGGAGCCCCCUUGAAGAGUUUUUAUUUAUUUAUCGAACCGAGUGGUUAGGCAUGCUGUGAAGGAAAAAAGGUGAAACAGGUAAACAGGAAAAGCUGGAUGAUAAAUAGAUCCAAACUCUGAGCCAAGUACCAAUGGAGUUUUUUGCAGCUUCUGAGCUUUUGUCAUGAACAAAUUCAAGAUGGAUACAAGUGAGACAUGAUAAAAGGAGGAUGAAAGUGCCAGAGUGUAAAACAGGUACAGAUUUUUUUAAUUUUCCAGGAUGAGGGGGGGAACGAGGUGAUGGGUGAGUAUCCGGUUCUUGUCACCCUUCGCCUCUGGGUUGCUGCUUCCUGCACCUGCUCUGAUAUCACGAACCCCUUCGCUUUCCAUCGGCUGGGCCGGUUAUGCCCAUUCAUGCGCACAAACACAGUGCUCGGUGUGUGCAUCAUCUGCCUCAGGUGGCUCACAAACAGCUCAUCUGCUUUACCAAUCAGCAGGGGAAUCUUCAGGUAUAAGGAUGUGGAAGUGACAGUGGAGUCAAAUCAUUGGAGUUAUUAACCCCCUUCCACACCCUGUCUACAUCUGAACAUCAUUUUUAUGGUACUAAAUAUCCUCCCUGAAUAAUUAAUAGUAUGUAUUAGGCCUAUAGCAAGUCAGUACUUUGAAUAUAGGGAAUAAGCAUCUAUUUAAACCAGCUGGACUUGAACUGACUUCUAUUCUGUUUCUAUUUUCCUGUGUCUCUUCUCUUUGAACAGGUUGUAAAGGGUGACAGACGUUAUAUGUCCAUUCAUCCAUAUUUAGAAGUGCCACCAAUCCCUCGGAUGAAUUUUUUUAUUGUUGCUUCUUUUUUUUUUUACUCAUUUGUUUACCUGAUUUACUUCUGAACUGAAACCAAAAUCUGUCACCAUGAAUGUGUGAUGUACAAAGAUGGUAGAGCCCAUUAUUUUCAGCUACUUGUAAGUUACUGAAUCAAUAUUCCAGCUAAGGCACAAAGAAUUGACCUCAAUGUUCAAUUUUACAACAACUUUAGUCUGAAUGAAAGGAGAAGACAGUUUGAUUCUGGAGACUUCAACUCAACAGGGUGUGUAUGGUAUCAUUGUCAGUAUUCUCCCUGGAUCCAUAACAAUACUGUGGCACUCGAUUGCUAUCUCGCUGAAGCACCAGGUCCUGCUUGGUUAUUGGUCGAUCUGUGCUGUUAGCCAAACACUCAUAUGUUUUAUCCCGACACAGUACCAGUGUAGUUUGAUUGAAAGUAUCAGAAAAAAAGGGCAAAUUGCCUAUCUAGUGUGCCUUUGCAAUCCCUCUCCCCUUUGAUGUUUCUUUUUUUCUUUGUCCUUAUCUUCAGCACACCAGUGGUUAGGUCUCUGUUCACAUCCAGCUUUAAGGGUCAACAGUGGCAUCUUACUGAGCGGAACAACGUCACAAACUCGCCCUAGAAAUAUCAGAUAGAGCCAAGAAAGCACCAAGCAGAGUCAAUUAUCCAUGGUGAGAAAGCAAUCCUAUGCCAUCGGACAAUGUACUGUACAUUCUGUAAUCAGUCUUGUUUUAUAUUGUACAUACAGAUAGAUAUACGCACAUGAUGUCAUUUAAUUUAAUAAAUAAGGGUAUGUGAGGGGGGAGAUAUUCCCCUUACAGAAGAGUCCCCUGUGACCCAAAAGUGAAUUUAAACCUCAUGCUUUGGAGCAAAUUUGUGUGCAAAUGGAGCCCUUCAGUCUGAUAUUAAACUCCUUAAGAGUGAACAUCCUCUGAUUUUCAUGAACUCUUGACCUUCACUCAACCACUACCAUAGUGUUAAAGUCAUUUCAGAAAAAGAUCAGCAGUUUGUCUCCAAAAUUUGCAUUGAACCAGCUUUUAUACCCACCUUAUUCAGAUACUUUGAAUAGUCUAGACCAAUCAGGUAAAAUUUUCACUCCUGAAUUUGAUGCAGCCAAUUUGCAUGCAUAGUUUUUUUGAAGCAUGUUCAUAUCAUUAAAGGAAAUAAGCUGUUUUAAUUUUAAUGACUUUUCAGCUUUUACUCUCAGAUAGAUUUCACCAUUUAAUUUCACUUCUGAGCAAAAGCAGAGCAGAUUUACAUAAGGCAGAAACUAAUAGCUUGAAAUUAACUUUGUCUCUUCAGACUUGUUGCGGUGCGUCACUCCGUUCUAUUUUUGAAACUAUAUUUCCCUUAAAUACCUCAAAAUAUGUGAAAAGGAAAAUCCGACUCAAGCAUGUGGUUUGACUUCACAGGCAGGACUUCACAUGUGGAUUAUCUGUAAGGGAAGAUAAGAAAAAAAAAUGCCUUUUAUAUUCAACUAGAGACAGCAGUUCAUAUUUGAGCAGGGAAGCUACUGUGAGUGUGUGUCUGGGCGUGUGUGCUUGCGUGCAUGCAUGCAUGUUUGUGAAUGUGUGUGAGUGUGCAUGUGUGGGUGUGUGCAUGUAAACUCAGUAUAAGCCCUUGGGCCACACCCACACAUUCUCAUGUUAGCCAUUCAGUGAGAGAGAAGGAUCCAGUCGGGCAAGUAACCUCUAUUUCAAUUGAUGUGACUGCAGAUUGGCAGUUUUUACUUUAGUUUUCAAGGACGUAUAUGCUUAUUGCACUUGGCUUUACAGACAGCAGUCAUGUUUUUGCUUGUGGGGGUGGUGUCUAGAGACAAAGCACGUCCAUAAUUCAUAACCAUUGUCAGCUCUGGAGGCCACUUGUAAGCUCCCUCCUUGCUCUUGCUGUCUCUUAACAUGGAAUGCACUUGGCCCCAGGAGUACUGAUGGCAUCUCAAGGCACACACAUUUACACACCAUAAAAACAGGUUAAAAUUGUAUAUACACAAACAUAAAACAGGUACACAAGGCACAUCCAGGUCCACACGGUGACACAGGUUUGUGCUUCGUGCACACUCACAGUUGCACAUGCACACAUGCGCUCUCAAAUACACAUGCAGUUUGCACAAACAUAAGCCCAAACAGCAAUCGUUGCUAUUUCUACUCCCACAGAAUCAAUUUGAUAGAUCGAAUGUCUCGAGGUAUUUCGACUGACUGAUGAAAGCAGGAAUCUAAAUGCAGCACCGAAAGGGACAGUCUACAUCACCCAGGGGACAUGUGCACACACACAUGCACACGUACAGAUAUGUAUUAAAAAAAAAAAAAAAAAAAGGUAUUGUAGCAGAACACACACUCACAUGCAUGCAAUUACACAUGCAAUCAGAAAGAUAGCCAUUGCUAUGCAUUUUAACAAUGAGUAUAGCAUAUGCUUUAACAGUUUUUUUUUCAUGGGAAUCUCUGAGAGUCGUACCGGGAAUCAGGGGAGCUAUAACAGGAUUGAUAUUGAGCCAGGGCUGUAGGCUCUUGCCAUUGAAAUUCCCUCCACCAUGUAGCAGUGGAGGUGGAGGAUGGGAUGCAAGUCUUCCAGCUGUUAAAUUCCUCCAAGCGUUUUGAUUUGCUUUCCAAGCAACUGCAAGUCUCAGGUGGUUUAUGGGCCUCCGUGUUGCAUCUCUCCUCUCUUGUGUGCAGCUCUGUGGCCUGGCAAACUUGGGCUCUUUCCAACAAAUUAAUUUUAAAAAGAGUCAUUGUCAGUUCAGUAGAGAGCAGAGGAGGAUUGUUUUAACACAUGUCAAGAGUGUCAACAGCACAUGUAAUAUCAUUCUUUGGACACAGUACCCAUCAGCACUAUAUAUUGUCUUAUUAUCGACACUCAAAGGUGCAGCAAACAUGAAAUCGUUCAUGGUUGUCCUGCAUUAUAUGAUAUGAAUAUGAAUCUCAUGUAGCCACAGUGUUUUAUGUUCUAUUAAGCGGUUUUAUUUCUGAUUAAAGCUGUCGAGCAGGGCAAAGAGAUGCUCAGACUUUGUGGUGUGGCCUUGUGUGUCAGUAAAGGGGGAAUGUGAUGUAUUGUUGCUUGUAAGGGAGGAGAUGGAGGGGGCUGUAGUCAACCUCAAUAAGGAAAGCAAAGGUACCUGCAUGUCAAAGGAGAUUGAGCAGACGAACGGGAAUGCUUUGCUUUGAUGUAACAUAACUGUAUUUGGCUAAAAAUAGAAAAAAAAAAAAGGUAUAAAAUCUGCAAUUGUAAAUAUAUUCACAGAAAUUUUAUGAGGCUUUAUUUUGGUUUUAUUUUUUAUUUUCUUGACUUUAUCAUCCAUGUACUUUGCACUUUUUUGUGUGCUGUGCUCAUCACCGGCCUGUGUGGGAUCUGUGUGGUUGGUUCUCUUGACUACAUUGUUUCGAUGUCAGGAGGUGACACGCUCAGCGCGGCAUUACUAAAGGGAAAUGUAAGACACUUUUGUUUUCUCGACUCUCAUCAGUUUUUCUGCCGUGGCUUCUCUUAAGUUUUGUAAAACAGUAGAGAAUUUCCUUGUUUAAUCUUUUGAUGAAUACAAUCCAUGUAAAUAUCACAAGUAAAAAAAUGUAUAUUUUUACGACUUCUGAGUUAUUACUCUUUCAUUUGCAAAUAAAAUAUUCAAUGACAACUUA